GAAGACUUUGAGAGUGCCGGCCACCAACAGGACGGGAGGCGACCGUCGAGGGCCGCGCUGCAGCUGUGGCGAACCGGGCCAUGGCCUCCACGGCAAAAAUGAGGGCACUACUCGCCUUAGUAGUUUGGUUAACGCUAGCGACAACAAACGUAUUAUCAUAUAACGGACUCGGCCAUGGAAUCAAACACGAAAUAUUCUUCUUGAACUUGGAAGACGGUUACUUCGGAUGCCAGGUGAAUGAAUCGACCGAUGUGCUGCAACUGUACGAACUGUCCAAGCUCUGCGAUGGAGUACCGGACUGUUUCCAGGCAUCCGACGAGCUGCGGCGCGAGCUAAAGUGUUCAGAUGACUGCGGCCUGCUGCCGGACCACCCGACGUGCCAGGUGAAGUGCCAGAACGGCGCCUGCCUCGACUCCCAGUGCCACUGCAACGACGGCUUUGGAGGCUGCGGCUGCGAAGUUCCAGAUGAGAACGAGUGCAAGUACCGUCCUUGCGACGUGUUCGCACACUGCACAAACACUCUAGGCAGCUUCCACUGUUCCUGUUUCCCUGGGUACACCGGCGAUGGCUUCUCAUGUCAAGAUAUCGACGAGUGCGAGGACCCGGCCAUCAGGGCCCGCUGUGUCGCCAACGCCGAGUGCUGCAACCUGCCGGCACACUUCUUCUGCAAGUGCAACCCGGGCUACGAGGGAGACGGAGAGGUCGAAUGCAGAGAUAUAAAUGAAUGUGAACUGCCUGGUGCUUGCGGAAUCAACACGCACUGUACCAACCUGCCCGGAAACUACACGUGUACUUGUCUGGACGGCUUUGUCGGAAAUCCGUAUGAUGGGUGCGUGCGCCAGGACGAGUGCUUGCUGCCCGGUGCGUGCGGACCCGGCGCGCUGUGCGUAGCGACGCUGGACGGCCACGAGUGCCACUGCCCGCCGGGCUCGGUGGGCGGCGAUCCCUACUCGGAGGGCUGCGCCGGACCCGACGCGUGCGCGCGCAGCCCCUGCGGCCGCGGAGCCAUCUGCACCAACCACGACCUCGGCUUCAGGUGCACCUGUCCGCCCGGCUACGACGGAGACCCCAACGUCGCCUGCCAAGAUGUCAACGAAUGCGAUGACAGCCCUUGUGGCGAGAACGCUAUAUGCACUGACACGGUCGGCAGCUUUAUCUGUACCUGCAAGGAAGAUUACACCGGAGACGCUUUCAAGGGCUGCACUGAUAUCAACGAGUGCGUGGCGCUGGACCGCCCGUGCGGCACGAACGCGCUGUGCCAGAACGCGGUGCCGGGCUACACGUGCGUGUGUCCGCAAGGCUACGCGGGCAAGCCCGACGCCAAGGUGGCGUGCGAGCAGGUGGACGUGAACAUCCUUUGCCGCUCCAACUUCGACUGCGCCAACAACGCCGAGUGCGUGGACGGGCAGUGCUUCUGCCAGAAGGGCUUCGUGGCGCGCGCCGCCGACUGCGUCGACAUCGACGAGUGCUCGCAGGGGCAGCCGUGCGGCGCCUCUGCGCGCUGCACCAACGUCCAGGGCGGCUACCACUGCGAGUGCGAGCCCGGCUUCGUCGGCAGCCCGCCGCGUCUGCCCUGCAAAGCACCAUGCGAAGACGUCAAGUGUGGAGACCACGCCUUCUGUAAACCUGACGGUCAGGAAGCUUACUGCAUUUGUGAGGACGGCUGGUCGUUCAAUCCACUGGAUAUAACAGCAGGAUGUGUUGACAUCGACGAGUGUGACAAGAUCAACGGACCCUUCGGGCGCUGCGGUGCCAAUGCGCUGUGUACUAACACGCCAGGCGGCUUCAGCUGCCAGUGCCCGCCCGGACUUACUGGAAAUGCUUUCAAACAGUGCCUAGACAUCGACGAGUGCGCGACGGGCAGCCCGUGCGGAGCGGGCGCCGUGUGCACCAACGUGGUGGGCUCGUACAGCUGCGGCUGCCCGCCGGGAUCCGUGCCCGACCCCGACCCCAAGGUCAAGUGCGUGGCCGUCGUGACGUGCGCCGCCGACGCCGACUGCCCCGGCAACGCCAUCUGCGACCCGCACAAGCGCUGCCUCUGCCCCGAGCCCAACGUCGGACCAGACUGCAGGCACCCGUGCGAGUCGGUGGUGUGCGGCCCGAACGCGCAGUGCCUGCUGCUGAACGGCGCGGCGCGCUGCCUGUGCGCCAGCGGCUACACGGCGGCGGCCACGCCCGCCGGCGGCUGCGUCGACGUGGACGAGUGCGCGGCGUCGCCUUGCGCGCCGGGCGCCGUCUGCCGCAACGAGCCGGCCGGCUUCUCGUGCGAGUGCCCCGGCGGCUGGGCCGGCGACCCGUACCGCGGCGCGGGCUGCGCGCGCCCGCACGGCCCCGCGCCCGCCGCCUGCUCCAAGCAGCGGCCGUGCCCGCUGGGCGAGCACUGCGUCGCCGACCAGUACGCCGGCACCAGCGUCUGCCUGUGCCAGCGCGGCUUCACGCGCGAUCCCGCCUCCGGUCGCUGCCGCGACGUCGACGAGUGCCGCGAGCUGCGAGACCGACCCGCCUGCGGCCUCAACGCCGUCUGCAAGAACCUGCCCGGUAGCUACGAGUGCCAGUGUCCGCCCGGCUUCAACGGAAACCCCUUCCUGCUCUGCGAAGAGUGCAACACGCUGGAGUGCCAGUGCCAGCCGCCGUACCAGCUUCUGGACGGCAACUGCGUGCUGGCGGGCUGCUCCAAAGGCGAGAAGUGCCCGCCGGGCGCCGAGUGCAUCACGAUCGCGGGCGGCGUCAGCUACUGCGCCUGCCCCAAGGGCUUCCGCACGCGCCACGACGGCUCCUGCGAGGACGUGGACGAGUGCUCGGAGGGCCGGCAGGUGUGCGGCUACGGCGCCGAGUGCGUCAACAGCGCGGGCUCGCACCGCUGCGUGUGCCCGCGCGGCUACAGCGGCGACCCCUACAACGGCGUCUGCUCUCCGGACCAGGUGCGCUGCGUCAGCCACGCCGACUGCUCCGCCAACGAGAAGUGCGUCCAGCCGGGAGAGUGCGUCUGCCCGCCGCCGUUCUUCGUCGACCCGCUCGAUGGCAACAAGUGCAAGAGCCCGUGCGAGCGCUUCCCGUGCGGCCUGAACGCCAAGUGCACGCCGAGCGACCCGCCGCGCUGCAUGUGCGAGCCGGGCUACGAGGGAGACCCGCUGACCGGCUGCUCCGACGUGGACGAGUGCGCCGACAGCCCAUGCGCCUACGGCGCGCACUGCCUCAACGAGAAGGGCGACUUCAAGUGCGUCUGCGCCAGGGGCAUGACCGGCGACCCCUACCGAUCCGGAUGCGUGAACGCGGACGGCGCCGGCAAGGCGGAGUGCGGCAGCGACGCGGACUGCGCCGGCCAGCUGGCGUGUGUAUCCGGCGCGUGUGUCAACCCGUGCUCUACGCUGCCGUGCGGGCCGCACGCCUACUGCGAGGCCGACAACCACGCAGCCUGGUGCCGCUGCGCCGUCGGCUACACCGAGGCCGCCAACGGAGAGUGCGUCUCAGUGUGCCAGGGCGUGGUGUGCGGCCGCGGCGCGCAGUGCAUCGUGACGGCGCUGGGCGCCACGUGCAAGUGCGUCGAGGGCUUCAUCGGCAACCCGUUCCCCGGCGGCCUGUGCGUGCCCGACGUCUGCUCGGCCAGCAACCCGUGCGCCGAGCCCAGCGUCUGCAUCGGCGGCCGCUGCAAGGAGCGCUGCGAGGGCGUCGUGUGCGGCGUCGGCGCCUCCUGCGACCGCAACACCAACAAGUGUGUCUGUGACCCCUUCUUCGUCGGCAACCCGGACCUCAUCUGCAUGCCGCCCGUGCUGCCGCCGCAUUGCGAGCCGGGCUGCGGAGAGAACGCGCACUGCGAGUACGGCGUGGUGAACGUGUGCGUGUGCGACGCUGGCCACGAGGGCAACCCCUACCAGGGCUGCGCGCCGCAGGGCAAGGCGUCGUGCGCCAGCGCCGCCUGCGGCCAGGGCGCGCACUGCCGCCAGGGCCCGCACGGCAUGCAGUGCGCCUGCCCGCCGGGCUUCGCCGGAAACCCCUACAUCCUCUGCCAAGACGUGGACGAGUGCAGCAGCGCGGGAGCGUGUGGCGCCCACGCGGUGUGCAUCAACACGGCGGGCGGCUACGACUGCCGCUGCCAGGAGGGCUACGCCGGCAACCCGUUCGCCGUGUGCCUGCGCGUGCGGCCGGGGCCCUGCACAGACCCCGCCACCUGCAAGUGCGGCCGCGACGUGCCCUGCCCGCCAGGGUUCUCCUGCGAGAAGGGCAAGUGCCGCGACCUGUGCGCUGGAGUGAAGUGCGGCUCCAUGGCCACCUGCGACUCCGGGAAGUGCAUCUGCCCUGCGGGAUACAACCUGGACGCCAGCAGCAAAGCCUGCAAGCCCCUCGGCCACUGUAACAACGACUUGGACUGUGCUUCUUCAGAGAUUUGCUUCCACUUCCUUGGGGUUAAGGGCUCUAGCGGCGUGCGCAAGUGCGUGGACGCGUGCAGCAAGGCUCAGUGCGGACCGAACGCGCUGUGCGUGUCCGAGCAGCACCGUUCGUCGUGCAUCUGCGCGGAGGGCACGAGCGGCGACCCGAGCGACCUGGUGCUGGGCUGCCGGCCCGAGGAAGAGGGCCAGCCGAAGCGCGGCUGUCUCAGCGACGCCGACUGCCCGCCGGGGCUCGCCUGCACGCUGGGCCUCGACGCCAGCCGAGCCUGCGUCGACCCCUGCCUCAGCGUCGCCUGCGCCAUCAACGAGGUGUGCCGGCUGGACGCGCAGCACGGCCCCGUGUGCCACUGCCGCGAUGGCUUCGUGUGGAACCCGGUGUCGUCGGCGUGCGAGAAGCCGUCGCUGCCGGACUGCGCGAGCGACGGCGACUGCGGUGCGGCGGCGGCGUGCCGGCCCGACGCGCUGGGCGUACUGCGGUGCGCCGACGCGUGCGCCGCGCUCUCCUGCCCGCCGCACAGCCAGUGCGAGGCGCGCGACCACCGCGCCACCUGCCGCUGCCUGCCCGGCUACACCGGCAACCCGGCCGACCGCGCCGGCUGCGUGCCCGCCUCCAGGAACUCCUGCACCAGCGACGCCAACUGCGCCGAGGCCGAGGUGUGCCGACUGGACGCGCAGACGAACUCGUUCUCGUGCCGGCCGGCGUGCCAGGCGGUGCGUUGCGGGCCCGGCGCCGUGUGCGCGGCGCAGAACCACGUGGCGCAGUGCCGCUGCCCGCCGGGGCCGUACGCGGGAGACCCGUACGACGCGGCGGCCGGCUGCCGCACCGUUCCCUGCGUCUACAACAUCGACUGCCCGCCCAGCCAGCUGUGCGACCGCCUCUCACACACCUGCAUGGACGUCUGCCACGAGGACUCGUGCGGCACCGACGCCGUCUGCGUCGCCGAGGACCACAAGGCCGUCUGCCAGUGCCCGCCGGGAUACAGGGGGAACCCAGAGAUCGAGUGCACCCCGGGAGCCGUGUGCCAGCCGAGCCCGUGCCACCCGAGCGCGACGUGCGAAGCGGCGCCGGGCGGCGACGGGCACGUGUGCCGCUGCCCGGCCGGACAGGUGGGCGACCCGUACACGACGGGCUGCCGGCCCGAGGGCCGCUGCCCGGCCGGAGACCGCGACUGCCCGGCCACCGCCGCCUGCCAGGGCGGCCGCUGCAUCAACCCCUGCGAGGCCGGCCGGCCGUGCGGGCCCAACGCGCUCUGCGAGGUGCGCGCUCACCGGCCCGUCUGCUCCUGCCCCGCCAAGUUCCAGCCGGGGCCCUACGGCGUCUCCGGCGGCUGCAUCCGCUCUCCCGCGCCCUGCAACAGCGACCAGGACUGUCUCGGCGACAUCUGCCACGGAGGACAAUGCAAAGUUGCCUGCAGAAACUCUGACGACUGCUCGAAUGGUGAGAAAUGCGUACUCAGCCUGUGCGUGCUACCGUGCGUGGGCCACACGCAGUGUCCUCAAGGUCUUGCUUGCACCAAUGGCUCUUGUCUUCUCGGCUGCCGCUCAAGCAAAGAGUGUCCCAGCAACCAGGCUUGCAUCAACGCUAAAUGUCAAGACCCGUGCCUGCGCGAGGGCGCGUGCGGGCCGAACGCGGAGUGCCGGUGCGUGGAGCACGCGACGGAGUGCCGGUGCCCGGCGGGCUUCGCGGGCAGCCCGGCGCCCCAGCAGGGCUGCGUGCGCCAGCCGGCCGCGUGCCACGCGCCCGGCGACUGCCCCGCGCCCGGCUACGCCUGCUCGCCCGCCGGCCUCUGCGUGUGGCCGUGCGACCGCGGCUGCGCGCUCGGCGAGCGCUGCGGCGAGCUGGGACACUGCGUGCGCGUCUGCCACGCCGCCAGCAACUGCCUGCCCGCCGAGAUCUGCGACGAGGGCGUCUGCCGGCCCGGCUGCGCCACCGACCAGGACUGCUCGCUCGGACAAGUCUGCCUCCGCGGAAAGUGCAGGUGCGGCGUGGGCUUCACGUCGGGCCCGGCCGGCGGCUGCGUGGACGUGGACGAGUGCGAGGACGCGCCGUGCCACCACAGCGCCGAGUGCGUCAACACGGCGGGCUCGUUCCGCUGCCAGUGCCCGGCCGGCAGCGUGGGCGACCCCUUCCUCGAGCCCGGCUGCCGCGCUCCCGGCUCCUGCGACGACAGCGCCGACUGCGCCGACAACCUGGCGUGCCAGGCCGGCCGCUGCUCCGACCCCUGCGCCGCCGCCCCCUGCGGGCCGUCCGCGCUCUGCAACGUGUUCGACCACGCCGCCGUCUGCAGCUGCCCGCCGGGGCACCUCGGCGACCCCACCGACUCUGACGUCGGCUGCUUCAAGGUCGAGUGCACCACCAGCGAGGACUGCGCCCGCGACAAGACCUGCGACCAGCGCAGCUACAAGUGUAUCGAUCCGUGCGACCAAGUCAACUGCGGCAGAGGAUCUUGCAAAGUUCAAAACCACGAAGCCACGUGUUCCUGCUUUGAGGGCUACACCCUGCUCAACGGAAAGUGCGCCGACGUCGACGAGUGCGCCUCGAGCCCGUGCCACAGCACAGCCGUGUGCCGGAACGCGCCGGGCAGCUUCUCGUGCGAGUGCGCCGACGGGCUGGUGGGCGACCCGGUGCGCGGCGGCUGCCGCAAGCCCGGCGAGUGCCUCGGCGACGCCGACUGCCCCAGCAGCGCCGCCUGCGUCGACAACCGCUGCCGCAGCCCGUGCGAGGCGGCCGCGCCCGUCUGCGGCGCCAACGCCGAGUGCCUCGUGCAGGACCACCUGCCGCUCUGCCGCUGCCCCCAGCAGACCAGGGGCGACCCCAAGGUGGAGUGCGUGAAGCUGGAGUGCUCCGAGAACGCCGACUGCCCGGCGUCCCGCGCUUGUGUGGACUCUCGCUGCGUGGACCCCUGCUCGGUGGCGAGCGUGUGCGGCGCGCAGGCCGACUGCGUGGCCGACAACCACGCGGGCGUCUGCUCGUGCCUGCCCGGCACCACCGGCGACCCGCGCCUCGGCUGCGUCGACCUCCAGUACUGCGCCAGCGACGCCCAGUGCGCCGCCGGCGCCGCCUGCAACAACGGACUCUGCAAGUCACAAUGUACUUCGGCCCGCGAAUGCCUCACGGACCAGCUGUGUAUACAAGGUGUGUGCCAGCCCACAUGUAAGGCCAACUCCGACUGCCCGGAGAAACAACUGUGCCAGAACAGCAUCUGCAUACAAGAGGUGCGCUGCCGAGCUGACAGCGACUGCGCGGACAACGAGAAGUGUGUGGAGAACGCCCUCGGACAGGCGGAGUGCCGCGACGCGUGCGACGGCUCGGCGGCGUGCGGGCGCAACGCGCAGUGCGUGUCGCAGCGCCACCGGCCCGUGUGCUCGUGCCUGGCGGGCUUCCGCGGCGACCCGCUGGCCGGCUGCCGGCCCGAGGAGUGCCAGGCGGACGCCGACUGCCCGCCCGACCGCCGCUGCGACGACUACUCCUGCAGACCCGCCUGCGCGCCGCCCGCAGCCUCCUGCGGCUCCAACGCGCUCUGCUCCGCCGAGAACCACCGACCCGUGUGCCACUGCCAGCCGGGCUUCACGGGCGACGCGUCGCGCGGCUGCGAGCCGGUGGACGCGUGCGCGAGCUCGCCCUGCGGGCCGGGCGCGCUGUGCGAGAACGCGCGCGGCUCGUUCCGCUGCUCGUGCCCGCCGGGCACGGUGGGCGACGCCGCCCGCGAGGGCUGCCGCGCGCCCGUCGAGUGCCAGGUCGACGACGACUGCCCCGCCGCCACGCAGUGCUCCACCAUCACCGGAGUGCCCAAGUGCAGAGACGUGUGCGAGAGCACGCUGUGCGGCCAGAACGCGGAGUGCGUGGCCUCCGGGCACGCGGCGUCGUGCCGCUGCCGCGACGGCUACGAGGGCGACGCCAACGACCAGCGCGUCGGCUGCCGGCCGCGGCCGCUGCCCUGCCAGAGCAGCGCCGAGUGCCCCGCCAGCACCUAUUGCUACGGACACAUCUGCAAGCCACUGUGCCAGUCGGACGGCGAGUGCAACCUAACGGAGAACUGCGUGAACGGCCAGUGCGUGAACCCAUGCGAAGCUCGGGGUGCGUGCGGCAUGAACGCCGAGUGCCGCGUGCUCAACCACGGCAAGCAGUGCAGCUGCCCGCCGGGCUUCACUGGAAACCAGGCCGUCGAGUGCGUCAGGAUACCUGUAUCGUGCGAAUCGAACAAGGACUGCUCUGAAGGCAACACGUGUAGAGACAGCAUGUGCCUACCAGUGUGCAGCGCCGACACCGACUGCGCCCUCAAUGAGAAGUGCCUCAAGGGCAACUGCAUGCUGACGUGCCGCGUCCACAACGACUGCUUCUUGGGCCACAUCUGCCUGAACAACAUGUGCAUAUUCGGCUGCAAGUCUGACGAGGACUGCUCGGCCAGCGAGCAGUGUAUGGGCGGCCGCUGCGUCGAUCCGUGCGCCUCCAAGCCUUGCGGACCCAACGCCAUCUGCUCCACGUCCAACCAGCGGGCCGUGUGCUCGUGCCCGCAGGGGCUUGUGCCCAGCCCAACAGCACAGGUGGCGUGCGUGCGCGCGCCCGCGGCGCCGUGCCUGGAGAGCCGCGGCUGUGCGCCCGGGCUGACGUGCCUGUCGGGUGCCUGCCGGCCGCUGUGCGCCGCGGACGGCGGUUGCCUGGGCAACGAGCGCUGCGACGCCCGCGCCGGCGUCUGCCGGCCCGCCUGCAGCCGCGACGACGCCUGCCGCCGCGGCGAGGUCUGUGAGGGGCUCGUCUGCGUCGCCGGCUGCCGCUCCGACUCCGGCUGCCCCUCCAGCGCCGCCUGCGUCAACGGACAGUGCCAAGACCUGUGCGCGUCGCCGACGGCUUGCGGUACAAACGCAGUGUGCUCCAUGUCGAACCACGGCAAGCACUGUGAGUGUCCGGAGCCUCUCGUGGGAGACCCGAACGUGAGCUGCCGCCAGCCCACCACCACGUGCCAGACGGAAGCAGACUGUUCCGACCGGCAGACAUGCUACGUCGGUAUAUGCCACACCACCUGCAGAAAUGACUUGUCCUGCCUAUCUGAUGAACGGUGUGUCGGAGGGCUGUGUAAAACAGUGUGCAACAGUGACGCUGCUUGCGGGGCCGGACAGAUCUGUGAAAACCGACUGUGCGUCGUGGGCUGCCGAAGUGACAACGUUUGUUCCGAUAAUCAGGCGUGCGUCGACAACAAGUGUAUCAACCCGUGUGACGCGCCCAACGCGUGCGGCGCGUGCGCGGAGUGCCGCGUGUCGAAGCACGGCAUGCAGUGCUCGUGCCCGGCCGGCUUCGCGGGCGACCCGCUGUCCGCGUGCUCCAAGCCGGCGGCGCGCUGCCCCGCGCCCGGCUGCGACCCCGCCGACUGUGACGAGGGCGGCUUCUGCGCGCAGCCCUGCUCUGACGACGCCACCUGUGCCUGCGGAGAGACCUGCGUGCAGGGGCGCUGCCGCUCCCGCUGCGGCCCGGCCGGCGCCUGCCCACAGGGCCAGGUGUGCAGCGACAGCGGGGCGUGCGUGCCCGGCUGCCUGUCGCACGCGGACUGCCCGCAGGACCGCGCGUGCUCGGGCGGCCAGUGCCGCGACCCGUGCGGCCCGUCGGCGUGCGGUACGGGCGCGCAGUGCCGCGCCGCCGACCACCGCGCCGUCUGCCUGUGCCCGCCCGGCCACCGCGGCGAGCCCAGCAAGGCCUGCCUGCCCGCCGGACAGUGCUCCGCCGACGCCGACUGCCCGCCCGACCAGUUCUGCUCGCCCGCCGACGGCGCCUGCCGCAACCCGUGUCUGCAGGCCGACGCCUGCGGCACCAACGCACAGUGCCGCGUCGCCGACCGCAGGGCCGUCUGCUCGUGCCCACCCGGAUAUUACGGAAACCCUAAGCUCGAAUGCAAGCAAGGAGGCGGCGGCGACUGCGUGCGCAACCCGUGCGGCGAGAACGCGCGCUGCCGCGACGUGGCGGGCGGCUACGAGUGCUCGUGCCCGCCCGGCUGCACCGGCGACCCGUACCGCGGCUGCCUCUGCGAGGACGGCCUCAAGAACGCCUGCGCCGGACACCGCUGCGGAGCCAACGCCCUCUGCAGGGUCACCGCCUCUGGGGGGCCCGAGUGCUACUGCCCUGCCAACUUCCCGGUCGGAAACCCCGAGCGUGAAUGCGUGUCGGACCGCUCCGGCGUGGACUGCCGAACGCGCGGCUGCGGCUCCGGCGCGGAGUGCAUCCGCGACGGCACCGCCUUCGUCUGCCGCUGCCCGCCCGGGACGACGGGUCGCCCCGAGGUCGGCUGCCGCAAAGAGAACACCUGUGCGAGUGACGUAGACUGUCCAAGUGAGAAGGCUUGUGUGAGCGGCGAGUGUGCCGACCCGUGCUCGUUGCGGGGCGCGUGCGGCCGCGGCGCGCUCUGCCGGCCCCUGAUGCACCGCGCGCGCUGCUCGUGCCCGCAGUGCCACGUGGGGUCGCCGCACGUGCAGUGCGUGCGCGACCCGGACCCGCGCUGCGGGCUCGAGCAGCAGCCGCGGCCGGGCGGGGGCCCGUGCGCGGCGGACGCGGACUGCGGGCCGGCGGCGGCCUGCGUCCGCGGCCGCUGCGCCGACCCCUGCGUGCGCCCCUGCGAGCCGGGCAAGCGCUGCGAGGUGCGCGCGCACCGGCCCGUCUGCGUCUGCGCCGCCGGCUUCGUGCUGAGCGACGCGGGCGAGCUCGCGUGCGCCUCGGGGCCGCCCGCCUGCGCCUCCGACGCCGACUGCGCCUCCAACCGCGCCUGCGCCGCCGGCCGCUGCGUCGACCCCUGCUCGGCGCUGCCGCCGCCCUGCCGCGAGCCCGACCAGGCGUGCGACGUGCUCGACCACCGGCCCGUCUGCAUCUGCGUGCGCCGCUGCAACCCCGCGCUCUCCAUCUGCUUGCGCGACGCCGGGUGCCCGGCGCACCUCGCCUGCCGCAACUUCCGCUGCGUGGACCCGUGCGAGGGCGCGGGCUGCGCGCCCGGCGCGCCUUGCCGAGUCGAGGACCACACGCCCGUCUGCAAGUUCUGUCCCGCAGGAUUUGUCCCUGACGCGAAAUACGGAUGCCUCAAAGGUGUCAGCACAAGCACGAGGGCACCGGUUCAGUGCACGUUGGAUGACGAGUGCACAGGUGCGCUGGCGUGCAUUAGAGGAGAAUGCGUAGAUCCUUGCACCAACAAGUGUGGUCUGAGCGCUCGGUGUAGGGUGGAGGCCCACCGGCCAGUGUGUUUCUGCCCCGUGGGCUACCGGGGGGAUGCGGCCGUUCGCUGCACGCCCGCCGAUAGCCCUCCGGCUCUCUCGACAUCUCAGGCUGCUCCUACAGUAUCCAUUCACGGUUCUUCUCUACCUACAGAUACAACUUCGGGGACAACUGUAACAUAUAAACUGGCAACAGACAAUCCCACAAUACAAACAGAUAACCUACACACCACAUUAGAGGCCCCAAGGACAGUAGAUAUUCUUACCGAUACUACAACGAAUGCCGAAACAACUACGUAUCCGUCGGUUCCUCAAGUCAGUGCAAGACAUCCUGCAACAGAAAAUGAGAUACCUUAUGAAACUUCGACAAACGAGGCUCGAAUGACAGAAGCAGCUACGUCCUCUGACUCGCAGGAAACAUUGCAGGGGCAUACGACGAUUACAACUGAGCCGUCGACCGCCGUAACAAACGAAUCAGAAACGACGCUGGACUUUUCUUUUGAUUUGGAGGUCACGCCCUUUAAUGAACCUGUCAAGUUAUUCUCUAGCGACGAGCUGACUUCGGCUCCCGACACAACAGAAUCAGCCCCAAACGUGGGUGACAAAGCCACUACUACUCAGAUUACUCCAAUCACAAAAGAUAUCCUGUCUGGUGGCAUAUACAAGACUGACAGUCAGGAAUUUGUUACUUCUUUCACGUACUCGUCUCGCAGACUGCCACAAGCAGAAGAAACAACACGAGAAUCAUACACGGCAGUAACGGAGAUUGUUUAUCGGAGUACAGUGACGUCUGAUAUACGCGAGGCAAGCGAACAAGGAAAUUCUGACACACCAGCCAAUACAUUGUUCAGCACCCCGACAGAAGAAACAAAUACUGAAAGUAUGAUGACAUCAAAUGAAGCACCUCAUACCACAUUACCUAGCUCUACCAAGCUACACUCUGAAAAAAAGGAAUAUCAAACCACUGGAUCGCAUUACAGUUAUUACGGGCCAUCUGGGGAACAGAUCGAAACGACAUUAACUCCAUACGAUAUUCCUGUGACGGUUGUUUCUCACGUCAGUAAAGGACAAACAUCUACACCACGCUUGACAAAACCAGAAACUUCCACAGAAAAAUAUUAUACUGAUUACAAAGGAAUCACAAGCAGACAAGAUGUCACGCUUCCCGUAAAUUAUCAAGGAUCGUCAGCAGAAAGCGUCACUGAUCAGCGAGUACGUGAAACGACAUCUGCAAACUAUCAUCAGUUAGUCACAAAAAACGACCAUUCGUAUGUUCCUGAAGCAAAAACGGAAACUGGGAUUGCGACCCACGCUACUUCACUGGCUACGACAGAGGUCGAACAUUUCACCUCGGAGAGGGCUACAGGUUCACCAUUAUCGGUCAGUAGUGCACACGCUACUGUAGGUGGUGCAGAAGGGACUCAAAAGAGUUCCACAGCACGCUUUCCAUCAAGCAAGGUGGUUCUCAAUAAAAUUUCUACAGACCAUAAUAUAGGAAAAGACACCACAUCUUCGGUGCCACCGUGGACAAGUAGUGCUGCAACUUCGGAAACUUCUACAGUAUUAGAAACAAUAACAGUAACACCAGAGUUCACCGAGACGGUUGAAACAAAUACCCCGGUCAAAGAAAAGCCGUACAGCAUUUUAGUCGAUAAUUAUUCAUCCACUGCUACAGAAAACACGAAAUCAUCACAGUAUGGAAGUACCGUUCCGACCGUGGAAAACCCUGAGUAUGACUUCCAUACAACCCAGAGCACCCAAGUACACCUCAACACAGAAGCGACAGAAUACGGUCCUGCUUACGAAACAGAUAGCAAUGGAGUGAAAGAUACGACAAUAACGGCGGAAAGUGCCACCGAAGGCCGUGUGAUAACCGUAACGCCAGUGCAUGGACGUGACAGAGGACCAGUCGUUACAGUGACCCCUGUGAACUAUACACCACGUGAACAAGUGUACACCGUGACUCCUCUUCACAUUACUGAUAGUGCUGAAAGCACAAACCCGACAGCAAAAGAGAACACUAUGCAAAUGGCUACUGAUGGCUUCACUGAAACUCAAGGCACAGUGCCACAAACGAAUUUUGGUUCAAAUGAAAAUAUCACAAAGCAAAAAAAUGAAAAUGAGGAAUUAUUUCCUGCGCAACAUACUGUAUCUCCAAAGGGCGGCAUCACCAGUACUGACGAUAUCCUAUCGACGGAAAAUGUAGCUGAUAAUUCAACUAAUACUGAACGAGUAUACUCGUUUACUCAAGUUAGUGAAGGAACAGCUUUACAUCAGGACAAUCUGUUGCAAAAAGAACACAAGAAUGGCCUAGUACCUCAGAAAACAUACAGAAUAACAGACACAGACGACAUACUGGAUACAACAUACAAGGACACAGACAUGCAGACAGAAAAAAUGUUUGGCAAUAACGAAAAAAAGAUACACACCUCAAUGCCGACGGUCAUAAAGCAUGACAUAGUUAGUAGUACUACCCCAAAAGAAAGUCCUCCAAUAGGAGAGGCUACGUAUUUCCAGCAAGGGACGACCGAAAGCAGUGUAAUGUCUACAAGAAUUGGUGAAAACCCCACCUUCCCGACAGAAAGAUGGGCACAGAAUCCAAAUUUUCCUCAAGGACAUAGACAUCAUGGUCAGGAAACAGCAGAACAGGACGAAGAAAUCACGACUGUCGAUGAGAAACGCAACACAGAAUUCAUUACAGAAACCAGUAAAGCUGAAGAAAUAAGUACGGAACUUACCAACAGUAGCAGCGAGCUUAUUUUUGAAACUAAUGAUCACGAUAGAACACAGGUAACGACGAAAAUUGUACCAGUUUAUGCUCAGACAGUUUACACUGCGUCACCAGAAACUGAUGAAGAAAUAACGGAAGCAGAAACAAGUACUUCUUCCGAAACGUUGACAUCCUACACUCUUGUUACAACAGAGAACUUCACCUCAACAUCGCAGGAACAUACAUCUGUUUCACAAGACAAGAAAACUUAUGGGCCACCGCAAAUAGAUGAGAAGUCUGUAACAACUUCUUCAGCUACAAAGGAGAUCAGGUUACCAGAAGUCAAUAACAAACCUAAGGAUCAACUUCCGCAGGUCAAGCACUCUACUACCAUAGGUGUUAUUGUCGAAGAAAGUACCGAACGAAUAUCAGAACAAUCUCCCGAGAUUAUAACAUCGACAAUAAACACACCAGCUUCCAAUGAGGGAACAGUAGAUGCAAUGAUAACAGAGAAUCACUUAGAAGAGAAGAGUUCUACGCAAAAUAUUAAACGUACUGAAAACUACACAAGAGUGUCUGUACCAAAAGUAACUAUUACUUAUGAUGGAAUUACAAAAGAAACACAUGAAAAUCCAUACUCACAGGUCUCAGUAAUAACAGACACGGCAUCUGCAACUACAACAGAAUACGUCGCAUUACCCUACGAUACCAAAACAACGAUACUUGAAUCAACAACAAAUAAAAUUUCAGAUGCAGAUGUAACCAGUGUGAUUUCGACUCAGCAGGAUCAAAACAUAAAAACUACUCCCACGAAAGCGGAAACUUGGCGCAAUGAUUUAGAGGAAAGGACUUCUACAGAGUUUGUUUCCGACAUCAGUGAUUACACAAACGGCUUUACACCUGCAAUGAAGCACUCAUCGGAUACAAACAAAUGGGUAGUCCAAGAAGAAACUACCUUUGAAUCAGUAACACUAGAUUUCUCUCAACCUACGGAAUUUACUCAUACGUCAUCAGGUACCUCCGGCGAUUACACAAAUGAAGAGUUACCUCGUGAGACGUCGGAAGGCAAUGGAACAUUUAGCGAUGGAAAUCCUACAACAGGUGAUGACAGACAAUCUGGAAGCGGAAACCAAUCUCACGUCUUUAUAGAAGACGACAUAAAAAUUACGCAGCCAAACAUAAAAACAACUGUACCAUUCGAUUCGUCGUCCAGUAACACCAAAAACGUACACACGUCCUUUCGUCCACUUCCAAGUACAACUGAAAUUUACGAUAAUGUAUCACAGGUUCCGAAAGUCAAAUUUCCUCCGGAACGUGACACAUUAAAAGCUACUGCAACACACAAAACUCCAAGCAUCUCCUUGCCAACGACAAUUAAAAUUUCCCAGAACACUGAUGCUGCCGUUUCGUUGGCAGAGAGCACAGAGAAAUUUUCAACACAAAUUUUCGUACCGUUUCAGCCAUCGACGAACCCACAAAAACAAUAUGAAAUUAAAGCAGAUUCGCAUCUUACGGAGAAAACGGUAUUUACUGAUACAACUCGGUACACGGAUGUUGUUUCGUUGGCAGGAAACACGGAGAAAAUUUCAACGCAAGUUUUUGUACCGUUUCAGCCAUCAUCGACCCCGCAAAAACAAUAUGAAAUAACAUCAGAUUCUCAUGUUAAACAGAAACCAGUGCUUCCUGAUUCAGUCCCCCAAUCCACAGAAUACUGGAUUGAUGUAAAUACUGUUGCAGAUAGGAUGAAGUCUUCUUACACAAAUCCUGCACCACAAUAUCCGGAUGACUCUUCCAAAACGCAUCAAACGCAUCACAUCACAGCAAAGGUAAAACUAAAUACUGACAGCCCAUUCCGCGAAAGCGUUGGUGUAACAGAGUCUGAAAGCAGAGGUUCCAGUACGCAUGAUGAAAAUACGACAGAUCUUCAACAUACAACAAAAUCGAGCGAAAGCUUUGAACCGUUGGAUGAAGCGGCUACAGGCCAAUUGCCACGAGUAACGUCAGAAGCAAAUCUAGCUCCAUUUCCUACAUCUCCGCGUGACAAAGAUAUUGCAACAAACACAAACAACUUCCAAGCCACAGAAAACUUGUUGCCACGUACAACGGAAAGAAACGAUCUACCCACAGAUUUUGAACGAGCAAAGGAGGAAAAAACUAUACAGACUGCAACAAUUACAAACCAAGCAGAGGAGUCUUCCAAUUUCACAGCAGAGACAACAGAUCAGACUCUCGGAACUGUAAGAGAAGCUAUAGUACGAACGGAACCCAAGGAGAUUUCCACUGCGCCGGAAAUAUUUACAAACGAUCAUACACAAUCGCUUGUUUCCAUUAGCACGUCACAACUCAACCAAGAACUCUCUAAUUGGGGAGACAUUAUCGAAGUACCAACAAAGGAUUCCACUCAACAUGAAUUUCCCUCUACUGUAAAAAUAAUUUGCUCCAACUCUCUGGGAAAUGUUAACUGCUUAACAUCAAAGUCACCAGAUACUACAGAAAUCAUUACAGAAAGGGCAGAAGGCGAAACGAUACAGCCAGGGAAGGCAUACACGUAUCCUGGUUUCCUAGGGACAACCAAAAAUUUUGUACACGGUUCGUCUGUGGGAACAGAAGACACUGGCACGAUUACCACAAAAUAUGAUCAUGGCCCAGUAACUACACCCAUUGCUGAAGAAGAUGGAAAUAACAAUUAUUACACCACCACAGGGCAGAGGAUUACGUCGACUAUCAGCAUUCACUUUGAUGGCGAGGGAUCAACCGAUACAAAUAACGAAGUGACUCUAAAGUCUGAAAUGCAGCCCUCAGUAACAAAUCAGUAUGAGUCCAAAUCAUCAAAUAAUGAACCGUUCGGUUACGAACAAACAACAGGGUUUAUGAUCAAAAUACCUACAGUAACCAUGGAACCUUCAUCAUUUAUACCUCGUUCUACCAAUAUUCUUCCCACUAGUACUCCCCACAUAGAGCAACAUCUAAAGGUUGUAACGAAAUAUCAUACAAACGAAAAUCAACAGUCAACAGAACAAAACAUGUUUACGAGUCAGACCUCCGCAGAAAAAACAUUCGGACCUGCUAUAGGGGAAACACUUCCUUCACAGAGUACAGUCGCUAAUCAGAGAAACGAACCGCUUACUCGCACUGGUUAUGACCACAUGACAGUUACAGACAGCAUCCAAGAUGCUUCAACCAUAAGGCAACAAGAACUGUCAAACAUGAUCCCAACCACACAAGAAAUCAAUACCCCAAGGAGAACAACAGAAAGUGAUGGGCAUUUCCAGCACACUGAGAAUGUCUACAUUAGCUCAGAUCAACAAGUGACAGGCAAUACAGCUGAAAGCACGUUACCUACAGACGUGACAGAUUACAAAAUAGUGCUUAAGCUGUCUCCUUCCGCCACCACAAAUACUGAAAUGUCAGGAUUACAGUACACACAGCCUGAUACUGAGGAAUAUUCCCCUGGUUCUACAAGAGACACUUCCCAAAUCUUUAAACCUGCGAGUACAAUAUUAAACGAGCAAACAGUGAGCACCCCAAAUGGAAACACAGAAGAAAACAAUGUAUCAGUAAUGCAGCUUAUGACUGAUAAGACUUCUGAAAGUCACGAAACAAAACUAUGGUCUGUAACCAGACAGCAGUCAGAAAAUUCCAGUGAUGUUGGAAUGUCAAAAGGAAAUACAACAGAUUCUACAACAGUGACAAAUGUACAACAAACAGUAUUUCUGCCAACAGAUAGAUCAAAUGAAUGGGCUGUGUCCAGUGAUGAAGGGCAAAUUUCAAGAACACAUACCACUAGCUAUGGAGAAUUGUUAAUACAUUACAAAACAGAACCUACUCUUGAAUAUGAAAGAAUUACUGCUGAAAUUUCAGAUAAACAGUUCUCACAACCAAAAGGAACAGAGAGAACAGUAAUGACAAAUGAGGUAAAGACAACAUUAUCAUCAUUACAUGAGUAUGAUACAGAAGGAAUGGACUACAGUACCACAGAGACAAACGAAAUUAUUGUUACAAGUGAAGGACAUGAUGCAAAGAACCACCAGCAGCAAACUUCUUACAACAUUCUUACUACAAAAAAUAUUGAAAAGUCACAAACAGCAGGUAUCACUGGAGAUACAGAACAAGUGACUUCAGUACCUAUCAUUCAGGCCGGAGGAUCGCAGGAUGGACAAUACUCUAAUAAAGUCAAUGCACAAACUCUUAAAAAUGUCACAGAAAUAAUUACGCAGCAACAUACUGAGAUUGCCAAGCAUACUUCACAGCCUCGUCAGACGUUAGUAACAGACUCAACGACAAAGCAGACACUGGCAGAAUACAGUCCAAAAACUAACUUAAGAACUCAAGCUGUUAUGAUGCAAACUACUACAACACUGGAACACACUAAACAACUGAACAGAACCAUUUUUGAGUAUUCAGAAACUACUGAACCUCAGCCAACACAGCUCAUAACAGGAAACACCCACACACUGGACUACACAAUGGGAAUCACUCUCAAACACACAGAGAGCAUCCCACCUCAGACAGAAUCUCCAUUGUGCUUCUCUAAUACUGACUGUCCAGGUAACAUGUCAUGCAUCAAUGCAAGUUGUAAGAACCCCUGUUCCAUCAAUAGUCCUUGUAGAAAUGGCGCAGCCUGUGUUGUCAGAAACCAUUAUCCAGUGUGCCUUUGUCCAUCACAUGAGAACCAGACCACAGCCACUGUUGAAUGUAGAACACUGCCAGUUAUUGGCUGCAUCAACAACAAUCAGUGCCCUGCUCAAUUUGCAUGCAUCAAAGGCAAAUGUCAGAAUCCAUGCACUGUCUCCAAUCCAUGCAGCACUCAACAUGAUUGUGAAGUACGUGAUCAUCAACCUGUCUGCAUAAAAGUUUGUUCCUGCCAAAAAUCGAGUGACUGCAGAUCUGGUCUCAUAUGUGAUGGCUGCAACUGUGUUUCUACAAGUACCGAACCAAAUGUGGUACCAUCUGGUUGUGAACACUGCCCACCUGGCAUGUUAUGCAAUCCAACAACUGGUGCUUGCUACAAAGUAACCGACGACCAGGAAAGUGGCACAUCUAUCACUACACAGCCAAGCCCGGGCAUUGUGGAAAAAGGAAUUGAGACAGUAACCCCGACAAUGACAGAAAUAGGUGAAACAACCAAACUAAACACUGAAGGAACUGCACAAACAAACACAGUAGUACCUACCAUACUUAGCAUGGAUGAGGAAAACACGACUAUAGAACCUCCGUCAGAUGUGACUUUAUCUGAUAAUAAAGUUUCCGACACAGGACCUCAAAUAUUCUCUACAACAGAAAUGGCAAGUACAACAGCAGUAAAUACAGAAAUAUUGCCUACUUCAGGUGACAUUGAGUCAACACCUAAUGAAAUGACAACAAAGGCAGUGUCUGUGGGAGUGACGGAAACGACACAAGGUGUACCUCUUAUAGAAUUACUGCCAACAGAAACGGCCACACAGGAAAGUUCAACCAAUGAAGAGGUGGUUACUGUUACAGCUAUUCCGGAGGCACAAGAACCGACAUCUGUUCCUGUUACUAUGCAAACAGAACUUUCUACAUCUGGCCUGGUAACAGAAAUGCAGGAUUUUAGCACAACAAAAUCAAGUAUGGAAACAGAAUCUGUAACUAAACUACCUGUAACACAGAGGGAAAUCAAUUUUGAGACUCCAACAGAUUCUGAAUCUCUUAUCACAAAAGUUGCAGAGGUGACUACAGCAGCAAAUGAUGAGAGUUACUUUGAAUCAGUGACAAUUACUACAGAAACUUCCUCUGGGAGGGACUUAAAUUUUACAACAACUUCUAUGAGCGAAGAGGCAAGUUUAACAGAAAUCACAACAGCAGGGACCACAUUAGUGACAACCAGAGAAGACACAAGAUCAGGAACCACAGUAGUGACAACCAGAGAAGAAUUGUCAGAACCACUAGUACCAUCUACCACGGACAUAUCAGAACAGCCAAUUACAAGUCCUUCACCAACAGUUACUGAGACAAAAAUUUUAGAUGCCCAAACUGAACCUGCAAAGGAAACCACAGAAAUGAAUUAUAACAACCAAGAAGUUACAACACAACGUGCUAUGAAUCUGAUAACAGAGCCUGAGUUUUCUGAAGGAAGUACAGAGACAGGUACAACACAGCAACCCACAAGAGCCCCAACAACAUUCGAAUACACAAGUACACCUCAGCAAGAGGCAGCAACAGAAGAAUUACCAAGCAGUACUCAGGUAGAACUCGGAGAAGGUAUGACCACAGAAAUACCGAGACAGGUUUUUGAGACAAGACAACCAGAUGAAAGUAGUACAAUGCGCACAGAGUCACAGGAAAUGACAACUGAAUUAAAUGAUGAAACCACUACUGGCGCAUCAGACACCAAGGUGAAUGAUAUAACUGAUGUGCCAACAGACACAACUCUGCCAACUGCUACAAUUAGUUUCACACAAAAUAUAAAUGACAGUAAUCAAGUUCCAACAACACUUGCUCCUGACAUCACUAUCACAACUGAUAUUUCCAUAAAUACCACUCCAAGCCUAGAAGCUACAACCAAAGAUGAAAAUGCCUUUCCAUCUGAAAUUAGUACUACAACUGCAACACCAGAGGUUUUCACAACAGACAGAAACCUACAAGUGGGCCAGUCUACUCUGCAGAGCACCACACAAGUAACCACAGAAUUCUUUCCAGUAUCAGAGGCCACAACAGAAAAUAUUGUAACUGAAACAGAGAUUUCACCACGUGACAUAGGAACAACAACCACAGAUUAUCAGACUACAAUAAAUAACAUUGCAGAAACAAGUACUCGUGCACAGGACACUGAAGGAACAGAAAACGACAUACAGACCAGUACCUCAUCUGAAGGUGCUGUUGGCAUAACUACAGAACAAAUGCAAACCACUAAAUUCAAAAUGGAUGAAGUAGUAACUGUGACGCAAGAAACAGAAACCAUAACAGAAAGUAGGAUUAAUAUCUUGGAAGAUCAACCAACAACAAUGGAAGCAUACACAAUUAAUCAGCUUACUGGAAAAGAGGACGAAAGUACAGUAACAACUGAGGCAAGCCCAUCAACAUUUGAAACAACUACAAUGAAUGAACAAACAACACUGCUGACGGAAGCAACAACUCAGACAACAGCAAGUACAGUUACAGCAGAAGUACAGCCUGACACAGUGACACUCACUACCACAGAGCCCACAGAUGGUUACAAAACAGAAUCAUCAGCAUAUGAGACAACAACACUGCGUAAUGAAUUGACAGUAACUGACACAGAAUCCUCUGUAAAUGACUUGGAGACAGAAAAUCCAAAUACCCCACCUAGUGUAACUGAAUCACCUCUAACAGAAAGUAGUGCAGGAACCACAACAACAGCUGAGAGUAUGCUAGAACUGACAUCAGAAUUUAUGGAAAGUGAGACAGUUACAAGUACAACAGAAACAUCUACUACUCCAUCUGACUUUGACAACAGAUUUGAGACUACUACAACUAUUCCAUGUACUGUUGACAAAGACUGUCCUGAGACUGAAGCCUGUCGGGAUGGCCUGUGUCUCAAUCCUUGUGUGGGCACUUGUGGAUCCGGUGCCAUAUGCACAGUCUCAAACCACACCACACUUUGCACUUGCCCAAUCGGGCAUCCUGGAAAUGCAACCGUGGACUGCCAACGAGAACCCACAGGAUUGCCGAAGGCACCCAGCCCCUGUGAAUCUGACAAUGACUGCCUCGACUCGGAGGCAUGCUACGGGCAGCUGUGCCAAGACCCGUGUGAGUUUUCCAAGGCAUGUGCCCCCACUGCUAAGUGUCAACCAAAGGCACACAGGCCAGUCUGCACUUGCCCCACUGGCUACGAAGGCGAUCCUGCAGUAAAGUGCUUCCUGUCAGAACCAUUGAGUUGUGCAAGCAACGCUGACUGUCCCCUGACUGAAGCUUGCAUUGACCAAAAAUGUCAACGGCCCUGUGAAGUUCGCAAUCCUUGUGCUCAAAAUGCUGUCUGCAUCAACACAAAUCAUGGCACAGAUUGCAGCUGUGCAGAAGGAUAUCAUGGGAAUGGAUAUGUGGGAUGUGUGCCAGUAACAGGACCAAAGAACGUUUGUCAGUACAAUGAGGACUGCCCUCCAGACAAGCUGUGUGACAGGCUGAACAGGGUUUGCAUAAAUCCUUGCUUGGAAGAAGCAUGUGGUGAAAAUGCUGAAUGUGUUCCAACAAAUCAUGCUAUUGACUGCAGAUGCUUAGCUGGCUACUCAGGAAAUCCUUAUGUACAGUGCAACAGAGUUGCAGGCUGCCGCAGUGACAAUGAAUGCCCUGCAAAUGAGGCCUGUGUUAAUGGCAGAUGUGGAAAUCCUUGUCAGUGUGGAAUUAACGCAGUAUGCAACGUUCUGAAACAUAAGCCAGUUUGUAAAUGUUUACAAGGAUAUACAGGAAACCCGGAAGUGGAAUGUAGAGCACCAUCGGAUCCUUGCAAUCCAAACCCUUGUGGCAUAAAUGCUAAGUGCGAGCUUGACAAUGGGAACCCAAUAUGUUACUGUCCUAAGGGAAUGACUGGCAAUCCGUUCAAAAACUGCAUUCCAGAGGGCGAGCCGUGCUCGCCGAACCCGUGCGGGCCCAAUUCCGGGUGCCGGCGCGUGGCUGGGUCGCCCGUGUGUUUCUGCCUGCCCGAGUUCGAAGGUAGCCCGCCAGCGCGUCCGUGCCGGCCGCCGACCAGCCCGUGCGAACCGUCACCUUGCGGGCCCAACACGCAGUGCGCCGUGCAGCAGAGCGGCAUCGCACGCUGCACCUGCCUCCCCGGCUUCGUCGAGAGCCCCAACACGGUGCGCGGCUGCGUGCCUCGCCGCUCACACUGCGACCCGUCGCCAUGCGGGCCCGGCGCCGCCUGCGACCCCGACCGCGACCCACCAUGCUACUGCCCCGACAACACCGUGGGGAACCCGUACCGUGGCUGCGCAGAGCGCACCAAGACGCUGUGUAAGCCCGGUCCGUGCGGCGCGAACGCCGUGUGCUACGUGGUGUCGGGCGGCCGCGAGGAGUGCGACUGCCGGCCCGGCUUUUCCGGAGACGCGUACUCGGGUUGCACGGCGCAGCCGCCCAGCCCGUGCGAGCCGAACCCGUGCGGCCCCGGCGCGCGCUGCGAGGUGACCCCCAGCGGGCUGCCCAUGUGCCAGUGCCCCGCCGGGCUCUCGGGAGACCCGACCGGUCCCAAGGGCUGCGGCGGGCCCGAGUGCCGCACCGACGACGACUGCCCACUCACCCUGGCCUGCACCGGCCUGCGCUGCAGGGACCCCUGCCCCGGCUCCUGCGGCGUCGGCGCCUCCUGCCGCGUCGAGAAGCACCACCCCGUCUGCACCUGCCUGCACGGACUCGUCGGCAACCCGCUGCUGCGCUGCUCGCCUCCGCAAGCGUCUCCGUGCGAGCCCAGCCCGUGCGGCGCCAACACCCGCUGCCAGGUGAUGGGCGGGCGCGCCGUUUGCACCUGCCUGGACGGUUUCUUCGGCGACCCGCAGGCCGGCUGCCGGCCCGAGUGCACGCUCAACUCUGACUGCGCGCCCGACAAGGCGUGCCUCGACAUGCGCUGCGUCAACCCGUGCGCCGUGGGCGGCGGCUCGCUCUGCGGCCUGGGCGCCGUCUGCAACGUGCGCGACCACACCGCCGUCUGCGAGUGCCCGCCCGGCUACAUCGGCAGCGCAUUCCUGCAGUGCGUGCCCAGGCCUUCGCCGCCGCCAGAGGCGAACCUGACGGCGUGGCGGCCCUGCUCGCCGUCGCCGUGCCUGGCCGGCGAGACGUGCGACGCCGUGUCCGGCGGCGUGGCGGCGUGCCUGCCGUGCCGCGGCCCGCUCUGCCGGCCCGAGUGUCUCACCGACUCGGACUGCCCGUUCGACCGCGCGUGCGUGGGCCGCGCCUGCGUCGACCCCUGCCCCGGCGCCUGCGGCCUGCGCGCCGUCUGCCAGGUCGUCCGCCACCAGCCCAUCUGCAGCUGCCCGCCGCCGCUGCGCGGGAACCCCUUCGAGUACUGCGUACAGCCUGACAAGACGGACACGUGUGCGACGGUGCGCUGCGGCGCUAACGCCGUGUGCCGCGAACGCGGAGGCGUCGUGGCCUGCGAGUGCGUGGCCGGCUUCGCGGGCGACCCGUACCUGGCGUGCCGCCCCGAGUGCGUCAUCAACUCCGACUGCCCGCGCGACAAGGCGUGCGUCAACAGCAAGUGCGUUGACCCCUGUGUCGGCGCCUGCGGCCUCAACGCCCAGUGCCAGUGCAUCAAUCACGUCGCUGUCUGCUACUGCCCACCGUCAACAUCCGGAGACCCGUUCGUCAACUGCUUCCCGUUCAAGCCUGAGCCGACGCUGCCGCGUCCGACGAACCCGUGCGACCCGUCGCCGUGCGGGCCCAACAGCCGCUGCCUGCCGUCCUCACAGGGCUACGCGGCGUGCUCGUGCCUGCCCGGCUACGUAGGCGCGCCGCCCGUUUGCAAGCCCGAGUGCGUCGUCAGCUCGGACUGCCCGCAGUGGCAGGCGUGCCUCAGCCAGCGCUGCGCCGACCCCUGCCCUGGCACCUGCGGGCUCAACGCGCUCUGCCAAGUCGUCAACCACAACCCCAUCUGCUCCUGCCCGCCCAACUACCAGGGAGACCCCUUCACCAGCUGCCACCCUCCUCUUGUGGAAGGCGAACCGAAGCAACCGAGCGGCGACCCGUGCAAGCCGACGCCGUGCGGGCCGUACUCUGAGUGCGCCGUGAAGCAGGGCCGGCCCGUGUGCUCGUGCCAGGCCAGCUACCUGGGCAGCCCGCCCUUCUGCCGGCCCGAGUGCGUGCUCAGCCAGGAGUGCCCGCCCUCUAAGGCGUGCAUCAGUGAACGCUGCCGCGACCCCUGCCAGCAGGUGUGCGGCUCCAACGCCAAGUGCGACGUCGUCAACCACACGCCCUUCUGCUCCUGCCUGCCCGGCUUCGAGGGCGACGCUUUCGUCGGAUGUACGCCUGUGCGAGAGCCUGUGGACAUCCCGAUGGACCCGUGCGUGCCGAACCCGUGCGGCGUAAACGCGCAGUGCUCGUCGCAGAACGGCGCUGCGCGCUGCACGUGUAUCCCGCCCAACAUCGGCGACGCUUACGGCACGGGCUGUCGGCCCGAGUGCGUCAUCAACUCGGACUGCGCGGCGCACCUCGCUUGCGUCAACAAGCACUGCCGCGACCCCUGCCAGGGGCUGUGCGGCGCCGGCGCGCGCUGCGACGUCGUCAACCACGUCGCCGUCUGCAGCUGCCCGCCAGGGCUCAAGGGCGACCCCUUCAGCGCCUGCAGGGUCGAGACCACCACUCCGGUGAUUGUGACCGAUCCGUGCCAACCGUCGCCUUGUGGACCGAACAGCGUGUGCCGCACUGUGUCUGGACACGCGGUGUGCUCCUGCCAGCAGGGCUUCCUGGGAUCACCGCCUUCCUGUAGACCCGAAUGCGUCGUCAGCUCUGAGUGCGCCCAAAACAAAGCGUGUAUCAAUCGCAAGUGCGUCGACCCGUGCCCAGGGACCUGCGGCCUUAACGCACGAUGCCAGGUCAUCAACCACAAUCCCAUAUGCUCCUGUGCGCCUGAGUACACUGGAGAUCCGUUCACCAUCUGCAACGUGGCUAAAGGGCCGGAGAUGGUAUCGCAGAACCCGUGUGUGCCGUCACCGUGCGGUCCGAACGCUGAGUGCCGAGUGUCUGGAGAGCGCGCCGUGUGCAGCUGCUCGCCCGGUAUGCUGGGUACACCGCCCUCUUGCCGGCCGGAGUGCGUCAUCCACGAAGACUGCCCCGCCACGCUGGCGUGCGUGCGCGCGCGCUGCCGCGACCCCUGCGCCGGCUCCUGCGGCUUCAACGCGCGCUGCGAGGUGCGCGCGCACCAGCCCGUCUGCUCCUGUCUGCCCGGCUUCGAGGGCGACCCCUUCUCCGGCUGCAACCCCGUACAAGUGGUGGCAGUGGAAGCGCCGCGCCGGCCGUGCCAGCCGUCGCCGUGCGGGCCGAACGCCGAGUGCCGCGAGCGGCGCGGCGCGGGCGCGUGCUCGUGCCGACCCGGCUACCACGGCGACCCUUAUGCGGGCUGCCGGCCCGAGUGCGUGCUGUCGUCAGACUGCCCGCGGCACCUCGCCUGCACCGCCAACCGCUGCCGGGACCCGUGUCCCGGCACGUGCGGCGUGCGCGCCCUCUGCCUCGUCGCCAACCACGUGCCCACCUGUGGCUGCCCCGCCGGCUUCACUGGAGACGCUACCCGAUCAUGUUUUCCGAUACCUGCCAUACAAUAUUCGCCGCCGGCUCCCCGCGACCCGUGCGCGGCCGGGACUUGUGGUCCGCACAGCAAGUGCCGCGUCGUGGACGGGCACGCCGUGUGCAGCUGCAGGCCGGGCUGCGUGAACACGCCGCCCAACUGCCGGCCCGAGUGCGUCGUCAGCGCCGAGUGCGCGCUCAACAGGGCGUGCGUCGCGCAGCGCUGCGUUGAUCCCUGCCCCGGCACCUGCGGCCGCAAUGCGCGUUGCCUUGUCGUCAACCACAGCCCCGUCUGCAGCUGUGCUCCGGGCUACACAGGAGACCCUUUCGUUCGCUGCGUCAGGCCUCAAACCCCUGCCGUGGUGGCGCCUGCGAGCAGUGACCCGUGCGUGCCCUCACCGUGCGGCCCCAGCUCGCAGUGUCGAUCUGUGGGCGGCAGGCCGGCUUGCACGUGCCUGCCCAACUACGUGGGCCGCGCGCCCAACUGCCGCCCCGAGUGCACCAUCGACGGUCAGUGCGCCGCCCACCUGGCUUGCCAGGGCAUGCGCUGCCGGGACCCGUGCCCCGGCUCCUGUGGGCCCUUCGCCGUCUGCAGGGUAGUCAAUCACGGGCCUGUCUGCACGUGCUUACCCGGAUAUAUUGGUGAUCCUUUCUCAGGAUGCACUAUCGCUCCUCCAACUGUCCAUCAAGAGCCAGUGACUCCCUGCAAUCCAUCGCCCUGCGGGGCAAAUGCCGUGUGCAAAGACCGCCACGGCGCAGGCUCUUGCACGUGCCUGCCCGGUUACUUCGGAGACCCUUACACGGGCUGCAGGCCCGAGUGCGUGCUCAACACAGACUGCGACCGUAGCAAGGCGUGCAUCAACAACAAGUGUAGGGACCCGUGUCCCGGCACCUGCGGGCUCAAUGCCGAAUGCCGCGUCGUCAACCACGCGCCUUCUUGCAGCUGUCUUCCUGGCUUUAUAGGCAACCCUCUCAAAAGUUGCCAAGCUAUUUCUGUGACUCCGCCGCCCGCACCGCAAGACCCGUGCCUGCCCUCGCCGUGCGGCGAGUUCGGCGUGUGCCGUGUGUCCGCCGGGCACGCCGUCUGCUCGUGUCAACAAGGCUACAUCGGCGCGCCGCCCACCUGCCGCCCCGAAUGUAUUGUGAGCGCAGACUGUCCUCAGGAUAAGGCCUGUACAAGGCAGAGAUGUGUAGACCCUUGCCCCGGCACAUGCGGGCUCAACGCGCGUUGCCAGGUGGUCAACCACAAUCCCAUCUGCUCCUGUGCUGCAGGACUCACGGGCGACCCGUUUGUGCGCUGCCACAAGGAAGACAAACCUAUAGUUCGUCCGCCGAGCGGCAAUCCAUGUGUUCCAUCUCCUUGUGGUCCAAACUCACAGUGUCGUGUGGUGGGCACACAGCCUGCGUGCUCAUGCUUGGCCAAUUACAUUGGCCGUCCGCCGAACUGCCGGCCAGAGUGCACGCUGAACGCUGAGUGUCCUAGCAACUUGGCUUGUCAAUCUGAACGCUGCAGGGAUCCUUGCCUAGGUUCUUGUGGACCACACACCACAUGUGUCGUCGUUAAACAUGCGCCAAUAUGCAAAUGCUUGCCAGGCUUUACGGGAGACCCGUUCGCCGGAUGCGUACCAGCACCAACUCAAUCGCCCGUCGAAGCACCACGAAACCCUUGCAACCCGUCGCCUUGUGGUGCCAACGCAGUGUGCAAGGAAAGGCAGGGAGCUGGAUCUUGUGUGUGUCUUCCUGAGUAUUUCGGAGACCCGUACUCAGGAUGCAGGCCAGAGUGUGUGCUUAACACCGACUGUGACCGAAGCAAGGCGUGCGUCAACAACAAGUGCAGGGAUCCGUGUCCCGGAACCUGCGGCAUCAAUGCGGAAUGUCGCGUCAUCAACCAUGCGCCUUCUUGCAGCUGUCUUCCAGGCUAUAUUGGAAACCCUCUUAACUCUUGCCAUCUGCCUCCUACUCCAACCGCAGAGCCGCCCCGGGACCCGUGCAAGCCGUCGCCCUGCGGCCCGUUCAGCGUGUGUCGCGUGACGAACGGACAUGCCGUCUGCUCGUGCCAGAGCGGCUACGUAGGGGCGCCGCCCACGUGCCGGCCAGAGUGCGUCGUCAGCACAGAGUGCCCGCAGGACAAGGCGUGCGUCAACCAGAAGUGCGUCGACCCCUGCCCCGGCACCUGCGGCCUCAAUGCCCGCUGCCAAGCCGUCAAUCAUAACCCCAUUUGCUCUUGCGCUCCCGGCUACACAGGAGACCCCUUCUCUAGAUGUAUCAAGGAGCAGAAGCCUAUAGCACAGCCGCCUAGUGGCAACCCUUGUGUGCCAUCACCGUGUGGGCCCAAUUCGCAGUGCCGUGUUGUCGGGACGUCCCCUGCAUGUUCUUGCCUGCCAAACUACGUGGGACGGCCACCCAACUGCCGGCCAGAGUGCACACUGAACGAGGAGUGCCCGAGUGCGCUGGCUUGUCAGUCUGAGCGCUGCAGAGACCCUUGUCCAGGCUCGUGCGGAGCGCACACUACUUGUACCGUAGUCAAGCACGCACCUAUAUGCACAUGUCUGCCAGGUUUCACAGGAGACCCAUUUGCCGGCUGCGCAGCUGUACCAUCUCAAGCGCCCGUCGAGACGCCACGAGACCCGUGUAAUCCAUCGCCUUGCGGUGCGAACGCGCUGUGUAAAGAAAGACAAGGCGCUGGCUCGUGUGUCUGCCUUCCUGAGUACUUCGGAGAUCCGUACACGGGAUGCAGGCCCGAGUGCGUGCUCAACACGGAUUGCGAUCGUAGCAAGGCUUGCGUUAACAACAAGUGCAGAGACCCGUGUCCCGGCACUUGCGGACUCAAUGCUGAAUGCCGCGUCGUCAACCACGCACCUUCUUGCAGCUGUUUACCAGGAUACAUUGGAAACCCUCUAAGUUCUUGCCAUCUCCCUCCGUCUAUACCAAAAGAAGAACCGACGAAGGACCCAUGCAAGCCAUCUCCCUGUGGGCCGUUCAGCGUGUGUCGUGUGACAAAUGGACACGCCGUCUGCUCGUGCCAGAAGGGCUAUAUAGGGGCUCCGCCCGCCUGCAAACCGGAGUGCGUCGUAAGCACAGAAUGUCCGCAGAACAGGGCGUGCGUCAAGCAGAAGUGCACAGACCCCUGCCCUGGUACAUGUGGCAUAAACGCUCGCUGCCAAGUCGUCAACCACAAUCCUCUGUGCUCUUGUGCCCCUGGUUUCACUGGAGAUCCAUUCACUAGGUGUAUUAAGGAAGAAAAACCAGUCGCACAACCGCCGAGCGGGAACCCGUGCGUGCCGUCGCCGUGCGGGCCCAACUCGCAGUGCCGCACCGUGGGCACUCAGCCCGCGUGCUCCUGUCUGCCUAACUACGUGGGGCGUCCGCCCAACUGCCGGCCCGAGUGCACGCGUAACGAGGAAUGCCCCAGCGCCCUCGCUUGCCAGUCGGAGCGCUGCAGGGACCCCUGCCCCGGCUCCUGCGGCGCACAGACCACGUGCACAGUCGUCAAGCAUGCGCCCAUGUGCCUCUGCAGGCCUGGUUUCACCGGCAACCCGUUCAGCGGGUGCUCCCAGAUUAUACAACUACCAACUUCAACGGAAGGCCCACGAGACCCAUGUAAUCCUUCGCCUUGUGGUGCGAACGCCGUAUGCAAAGAGCGCCAGGGCGCGGGCUCUUGUACGUGCUUACCCGAGUACUUUGGAGACCCUUACACGGGCUGCAGGCCCGAGUGCGUGCUCAACACAGACUGCGACCGUAGCAAGGCGUGCGUCAACAACAAGUGCAGGGACCCGUGUCCCGGCACCUGCGGAACCAACGCCGAGUGCCGUGUUGUCAACCACGCGCCUUCCUGUACCUGCCUGCCGGGAUACUCUGGAAAUCCCCUCACUGCAUGCGUACUCAGGGAGCCCACCGUGCAGGAGAAGCCGCGCAACCCGUGCGAGCCGUCGCCGUGCGGGCCCAACAGCGUGUGCCGCGUCACGGACGGACACGCCGUCUGCUCGUGCAGCACCGGCUUCGUGGGCGCGCCGCCAAACUGUCGGCCCGAGUGCCUCGUGAGCUCCGAGUGCCCGCAGAACAGAGCGUGCUCGCGCCAGAAGUGCGUAGACCCGUGCCCCGGCACCUGCGGCAGGGCCGCGCGCUGCCAGGUAGUCAACCACAACCCCAUCUGCUCGUGCCCGCCGGGAUACACUGGAGACCCCUUCUCCCGCUGCCCCGUGACGCCCCCCGCGCCGCCGAGGGACCCUUGCUCGCCGUCGCCGUGCGGACCCAACUCGCAGUGCCGCGCCGUGGGCUCGCAGCCCGCGUGCUCCUGCCUGCCCAACUACGUGGGGCGAGCCCCCAACUGCCGGCCCGAGUGCUCCUCUGACGGCGACUGCCCCGGCAACAGGGCGUGCCGUGACCUGCGCUGCGUCGACCCGUGCCGAGGCGCGUGCGGCUUCCUCGCCAUGUGCGUGGCAGCCAACCACCGCGCCGUCUGCACCUGCCCGCAGAACUACCGCGGCGACCCCAACACCAACUGCGUGCUCGCCCCGCCAUCGACGGAGCGCACGCCUGCGUCGACGCCGUGCCAGCCGUCGCCCUGCGGGCCGAACGCCGAGUGCCGCGAGCGCGGCGGCGCCGGCGCGUGCUCGUGCCUGCCCGGCUACCAGGGAGACCCGUACGCCAAGGACGGCGCGCGCGGCUGCCGGCGCGAGUGCGAGGCGUCCAGCGACUGCGCGCCGCACCUGGCCUGCGUCGCCUACCGCUGCGCCGACCCCUGCCCCAACACCUGCGGGGUCGGAGCCGUCUGCACCGUCGCUAACCACGUACCCGUCUGCAACUGCCCACCCGACUUCACCGGAGACCCAUUCUUCUCCUGCCGCCGUGUGCAAGUCACCACUCGGCCGACGGUGGUCGACCCGUGCGUGCCCAGCCCGUGCGGGCCGAACGGCGUGUGCCGUGUGGUGAACGAGCAGGCGGUGUGCUCGUGCCUGGCGGGCUACAUCGGUGCCCCGCCCAACUGCCGGCCCGAAUGCGUCGUCAGCUCCGAGUGUCCGGAUGACCGCGCCUGCAUUAACAACAAGUGCGCCGACCCGUGCCCCAACACGUGCGGCGUGGGCGCCCGCUGCAGCGCACGCAACCACAGCCCCAUCUGCGCCUGUCCGCAGGGCACCACCGGGGACCCAUUCUCCAGGUGCACGCGUCUACUGGUGGACGAGCCGGUGACGCCGCGGCCGCCGUCGUGCACGCCAUCGCCGUGCGGGCCGAACGCCCAGUGCCAGAUGGUGGGCGGGGUGCCCGCGUGUUCGUGCCUGCCGGACUACCGCGGCUCGCCGCCCAACUGCCGGCCCGAGUGCGUGCUCAGCUCCGAGUGCCCCAGCCAGCUGGCGUGCGUGCGCCUGCGCUGCCAGGACCCGUGCCCCGGCUCGUGCGGCCACGGCGCCGAGUGCAGGGUCCAGAACCACGUGCCCGUCUGCACGUGCGGGCCGGGACUCACCGGUGACCCCUUCUCGCGGUGCGACCCCAUCCCGGUCACGCCCAGCACCGAGGCCACCGUCACCGACCCGUGCAGUCCGUCGCCUUGCGGUCCUAACGCCAUCUGCAGCGGCCAAGGAGAGUGUACCUGCCUGCCCGACUACCAGGGCAACCCGUACGAGGAGUGCCGGCCGGAGUGCGUGACGAACGGCGAGUGCCCGCGCGACAAGGCGUGCCUGCGCAGCAAGUGCCGCGACCCGUGCGUCGGCACCUGUGGCCAGAACGCGCGCUGUGACGUCGUCAACCACAUCCCCGUCUGCGCCUGCCUCGACGGCUACACCGGCGACCCCUUCACCAACUGCAGAAUCGCCCUCACAGAGAAACCGCCGUCUCCUAUUGACCAGUGCAGGCCGUCGCCUUGCGGGCCCAACAGCCAGUGCCGCGCGUCGGACGGUCACGCCGUGUGCUCCUGCCUGUCUGGCUACGUGGGCGCGCCGCCUUCCUGCAGGCCCGAAUGCGUCGUCAGCGCCGAGUGUCCGCAGACGCGCGCCUGCGUCAACAAGAAGUGCACCGACCCCUGCCUAGGUUCCUGCGGCCUGGGAGCGCGCUGCGAGGUCAUCAACCACAGCCCCAUCUGCUCCUGCCGACCUGGCCAGACUGGCGAUCCGUUCCGAAGCUGCCAGGACCUACCACCGCCGACGAAGGAUGAGCCGGUGAGCCCUUGCGAGCCGUCGCCGUGCGGUCCGAACGCGCAGUGCCAGCCGGCGGGAGGCGUGCCGUCGUGCUCGUGCCUGGAAGGCUACGUCGGCUCUCCGCCCAACUGCCGGCCCGAGUGCGUCAUCAGCCCCGACUGCCCGUCAAACCUGGCGUGCGUCAACGGCAAGUGCCGCGACCCUUGCCCCGGCUCCUGCGGCGUCAACGCGCAGUGCCAGAUCAUCAGCCACGCUGUCACCUGCAUAUGCGCCCCUGGCUACACCGGCGAUCCCUUCGUGCAGUGCACGCCACACAUACCCGCCGAGGAGUCGCGCAACCCGUGCGAGCCGUCGCCGUGCGGCACGAACGCGGUGUGCAGCCAGCGGAACGGCGCGGGCUCUUGCGCCUGCCUGCCCGACUACCAGGGCAACCCGUACGAGGCGUGCCGGCCCGAGUGCGUGCUCAGCUCCGACUGCCCCACGGACCGCGCCUGCCAGAGGAACCGCUGCGAGGACCCCUGCCCGGGCGUGUGCGGCCUCAACGCGCAGUGCUCCGUCAUCAACCACAUCCCCACCUGCACCUGCCUGCCCGGCUACGAGGGCGACCCCUUCGCCACCUGCACACGGACGCCGCCGGCAGUGACGACGCCGCAGACAGUUCGAGAACCAUGUCAGCCGUCGCCGUGCGGUCCCAACAGCCAGUGCCGCGCGGUCGGCGGCCAGGCGGUGUGCUCGUGCCAGCAGGGCUACAGCGGCGCGCCGCCCAACUGCCGGCCCGAGUGCGUCGUCAACGCCGAGUGCCAGCAGACGCGCGCCUGCCACCGCUUCAAGUGCGCGGACCCCUGCCCGGGCACGUGCGGCCUCGAGGCGCGCUGCCAAGUCAUCAACCACAACCCCAUCUGCUCCUGCCCGCCCGGCUACACAGGCGACCCGUUCGCGCGCUGCUACCGCCAGCCGGCCGAGCCGGUGCAGCCGGCCACUCCCGUCGACCCCUGCAGGCCUUCACCGUGCGGGCCCAACGCAGACUGCCAGCCACAGGGAGACCGUCCUUCGUGUUCCUGCCGACCUGGCUACAUCGGAGUGCCGCCCUCGUGCCGACCGGAGUGUGUAGUCAACACAGACUGUGCACCAACGAAGGCCUGUGUGGCUGAGAAGUGUCGCGAUCCUUGCGCCGGCUCGUGCGGCUUCGGCGCCGAGUGUCGCGUGCAGAACCACAUCCCUACCUGCACCUGCCCUGCCGGUAUGACUGGUGACCCGUUCGUCACGUGCACGCAGCUCGUGGUGGAGAAGCCGCCGCCAGAAGACCCGUGCAACCCGUCGCCCUGCGGCCCCGGCGCGCGAUGCGACGACGGCAGCUGCAGCUGCCCGCCCGAGUACCAGGGCGACCCCUACUCGGCCGCCGGCUGCCGGCCCGAGUGCACCACCAACAACGACUGCCCGCGCAACCGCGCCUGCACCAACUUCCGCUGCGUCGACCCGUGCGCCGGCACCUGCGGCCAGGGCGCGCGCUGCGACGUCGUCAACCACAUCCCUACCUGCUCCUGCCCGGAGGGAACGUCUGGCGACCCCUUCACUCUCUGCAGAACUGUACAAGCUGUCGAAGCUACGCGAGAUCCGUGCCAGCCGUCGCCGUGCGGCUCCGGCGGGCUGUGCCGGGUGGUGGACGGCCACGCGGUGUGCUCGUGCCAGCCGGGCCUGGUGGGCGCGCCGCCCUCUUGUCGGCCCGAGUGCGUCGUCAGCGCCGAGUGCCCGCUCACGCAUGCCUGCCUCGCCACCAAGUGCGUCGACCCGUGCCCGGGCACCUGCGGCGUCAACGCGCGCUGCCACGUCGUCAACCACAACCCCAUCUGCUCCUGUGCACCGGGCUUCACCGGUGAUCCCUUCUCCAGAUGCUUCCAGCAGCGAGUUCCAGAGGACAAGCCGACAGUGCCGGAGAACCCCUGCUUGCCUUCGCCGUGCGGUCCGAACGCGCAAUGCCAAGUCCGAGGGGCCGGCCCCGCUUGCACGUGUCUCGACGGUUACGUGGGCGCACCGCCCUCUUGUAGGCCCGAGUGUACCAUCAAUCCCGAGUGCCAAAGUAGGUUCGCGUGUAUCAAUCAGCGUUGCGCUGACCCGUGUCCGGGAUCGUGCGGUUCGAAUGCCGAGUGCCGCGUCGUGAAUCACACGCCCGUCUGCAGCUGCGUCCCUGGAUUCACCGGAGACCCCUUCACCGGAUGCAGUCCUGCUCCACAAGCUGUAGCCGUGCCCCAGGAGAGGCCAACGCCCUGCUCUCCGUCGCCAUGUGGUUCGAAUGCAGUGUGUAGGGAACAGAAUGGCGCUGGAUCUUGCACUUGUCUACCAGAGUAUGUGGGCAAUCCGUACGAAGGCUGUCGGCCAGAGUGCGUGGUGAACACUGACUGUGCUCCCAACAGGGCAUGUAUUCGUAACAAGUGCCAAGACCCAUGCCCCGGCACGUGUGGCCCGAAUGCAGACUGCCAGGUGGUCAAUCACCUGCCAUCGUGCACAUGCCGGCCGGGAUACACUGGAGACCCGUUCCGAUACUGCACAGUGCAGGCUAGCGAACCUGUGGUAGCUGAACCAGGAGAUCCGUGCAGCCCAUCGCCAUGUGGUCCUAACAGCCAAUGUCGCCAAGUGAAUGGGCAGGCUGUGUGCUCAUGCCUACCGUCGUACAUUGGCAGUCCACCAGGCUGUAGACCAGAGUGUGUGGUGAGCUCCGAAUGCCCGCAGAACCGAGCCUGUGUGAACCAGAAGUGUGUGGACCCUUGCCCUGGGCCGUGUGGCCUCAAUACUCGCUGCCAGGUGAUCAACCACAGCCCAAUAUGCAGUUGCAAACAAGGAUAUACCGGAGACCCCUUCGCCAGAUGCCAUCCAAUUCCACCUCCACCUCAGAGGCCGAGUGCCCCAGUAGUUGUGAAUCCUUGCAUCCCAUCACCAUGUGGGCCGUAUUCUGAAUGUCGUGAUACAGGUGGCAAUCCUUCAUGCUCAUGCCUGGCAAAUUACAUUGGCGCUCCACCAAACUGCCGUCCCGAGUGCUCCAUCAACUCGGAGUGCCCCAGCAACAGGGCUUGUAUCCGGGAGAAGUGUCGUGACCCAUGUCCUGGGUCGUGUGGCAUUGGCGCACAGUGCAGUGUGAUCAACCACACCCCGGUGUGCACAUGCCCUGAGGGGUACACAGGAGAUCCAUUCACCAACUGCUUCCCAAAACCGACAAUUGCAGAACCUGUGGAAUCGGACCCGUGCAAUCCUUCGCCUUGCGGGCCUAACGCCGAAUGCCGAGAUGGCAGUUGUACUUGUCUUCCAGAAUACCAAGGAGACCCAUACACUGGUUGCCGGCCAGAGUGCGUGUUGAGUACUGAUUGUGACAGGACGAAAGCUUGCAUCAGGAACAAGUGUGCUGACCCCUGCCCAGGAACUUGCGGACAGGGCGCUCGAUGCGACGUAGUCAACCACAUCCCCAUCUGUACCUGUCCAGAAGGCACCUCUGGAAAUGCCUUCAUUCAGUGCCGGCCUAUUCCACCUCCCGUGGCAACACAGCCAUGCAACCCGUCUCCAUGCGGUCCCAACAGCCAAUGUCGGGAGAUUAACGGCCAGGCUGUAUGUUCAUGUGUGCCGGGCUACCUUGGAAGCCCACCGGCGUGCAGGCCAGAGUGCGUUGUGAGUUCCGAUUGCAGCCAGAAUGAAGCUUGCAGCAACCAGAAAUGUAGAAAUCCUUGCCCAGGAACGUGUGGAAUUGGGGCUAAGUGUCAGGUGGUGAAUCACAACCCUAUCUGUAGCUGUCCACCGCGCCACACGGGAGACCCGUUCACCAGAUGCCUGCCCAUACCUGAUUCGCCGGUGAGCAAGCCAGUGAACCCUUGCCAGCCGUCACCUUGUGGUCCAAAUGCUCAGUGCAAGGUAGCUGGAGACAGCCCCUCUUGCUCGUGCCUGCCAGAAUUCAAAGGCUCGCCACCAAACUGUCGGCCUGAGUGCGUCAGCAACAGCGAGUGUGCCAGCCAUCUGGCCUGUAUGGGGCAGAAGUGCAAAGACCCCUGUCCCGGAGCUUGUGGAUCAAAUGCUGAGUGCCGAGUGGUCAGCCACACGCCUACGUGUGUGUGUGCGGUUGGAUACACUGGAGACCCGUUCUCUCAGUGCUUUGUACAACCUGUAGCCGUGCCCCAGGAGAGGCCAACGCCCUGCUCUCCGUCGCCAUGUGGUUCGAAUGCAGUGUGUAGGGAACAGAAUGGCGCUGGAUCUUGCACUUGUCUACCAGAGUAUGUGGGCAAUCCGUACGAAGGCUGUCGGCCAGAGUGCGUGGUGAACACUGACUGUGCUCCCAACAGGGCAUGUAUUCGUAACAAGUGCCAAGACCCAUGCCCCGGCACGUGUGGCCCGAAUGCAGACUGCCAGGUGGUCAAUCACCUGCCAUCGUGCACAUGCCGGCCGGGAUACACUGGAGACCCGUUCCGAUACUGCACAGUGCAGGCUAGCGAACCUGUGGUAGCUGAACCAGGAGAUCCGUGCAGCCCAUCGCCAUGUGGUCCUAACAGCCAAUGUCGCCAAGUGAAUGGGCAGGCUGUGUGCUCAUGCCUACCGUCGUACAUUGGCAGUCCACCAGGCUGUAGACCAGAGUGUGUGGUGAGCUCCGAAUGCCCGCAGAACCGAGCCUGUGUGAACCAGAAGUGUGUGGACCCUUGCCCUGGGCCGUGUGGCCUCAAUACUCGCUGCCAGGUGAUCAACCACAGCCCAAUAUGCAGUUGCAAACAAGGAUAUACCGGAGACCCCUUCGCCAGAUGCCAUCCAAUUCCACCUCCACCUCAGAGGCCGAGUGCCCCAGUAGUAGUGAAUCCUUGCAUCCCAUCACCAUGUGGGCCGUAUUCUGAAUGUCGUGAUACAGGUGGCAAUCCUUCAUGCUCAUGCCUGGCAAAUUACAUUGGCGCUCCACCAAACUGCCGUCCCGAGUGCUCCAUCAACUCGGAGUGCCCCAGCAACAGGGCUUGUAUCCGGGAGAAGUGUCGUGACCCAUGUCCUGGGUCGUGUGGCAUUGGCGCACAGUGCAGUGUGAUCAACCACACCCCGGUGUGCACAUGCCCUGAGGGGUACACAGGAGAUCCAUUCACCAACUGCUUCCCAAAACCGACAAUUGCAGAACCUGUGGAAUCGGACCCGUGCAAUCCUUCGCCUUGCGGGCCUAACGCCGAAUGCCGAGAUGGCAGUUGUACUUGUCUUCCAGAAUACCAAGGAGACCCAUACACUGGUUGCCGGCCAGAGUGCGUGUUGAGUACUGAUUGUGACAGGACGAAAGCUUGCAUCAGGAACAAGUGUGCUGACCCCUGCCCAGGAACUUGCGGACAGGGUGCUCGAUGCGACGUAGUCAACCACAUCCCCAUCUGUACCUGUCCAGAAGGCACCUCUGGAAAUGCCUUCAUUCAGUGCCGGCCUAUUCCACCUCCCGUGGCAACACAGCCAUGCAACCCGUCUCCAUGCGGUCCCAACAGCCAAUGUCGGGAGAUUAACGGCCAGGCUGUAUGUUCAUGUGUGCCGGGCUACCUUGGAAGCCCACCGGCGUGCAGGCCAGAGUGCGUUGUGAGUUCCGAUUGCAGCCAGAAUGAAGCCUGCAGCAACCAGAAAUGUAGAAAUCCUUGCCCAGGAACGUGUGGAAUUGGGGCUAAGUGUCAGGUGGUGAAUCACAACCCUAUCUGUAGCUGUCCACCGCGCCACACGGGAGACCCGUUCACCAGAUGCCUGCCCAUACCUGAUUCGCCGGUGAGCAAGCCAGUGAACCCUUGCCAGCCGUCACCUUGUGGUCCAAAUGCUCAGUGCAAGGUAGCUGGAGACAGCCCCUCUUGCUCGUGCCUGCCAGAAUUCAAAGGCUCGCCACCAAACUGUCGGCCUGAGUGCGUCAGCAACAGCGAGUGUGCCAGCCAUCUGGCCUGUAUGGGGCAGAAGUGCAAAGACCCCUGUCCCGGAGCUUGUGGAUCAAAUGCUGAGUGCCGAGUGGUCAGCCACACGCCUACGUGUGUGUGUGCGGUUGGAUACACUGGAGACCCGUUCUCUCAGUGCUUUGCACAACCCGUGCCCCAGGAGAGGCCAACGCCCUGCUCUCCGUCGCCAUGUGGUUCGAAUGCAGUGUGUAGGGAACAGAAUGGCGCUGGAUCUUGCACUUGUCUACCAGAGUAUGUGGGCAAUCCGUACGAAGGCUGUCGGCCAGAGUGCGUGGUGAACACUGACUGUGCUCCCAACAGGGCAUGUAUUCGUAACAAGUGCCAAGACCCAUGCCCCGGCACGUGUGGCCCGAAUGCAGACUGCCAGGUGGUCAAUCACCUGCCAUCGUGCACAUGCCGGCCGGGAUACACUGGAGACCCGUUCCGAUACUGCACAGUGCAGGCUAGCGAACCUGUGGUAGCUGAACCAGGAGAUCCGUGCAGCCCAUCGCCAUGUGGUCCUAACAGCCAAUGUCGCCAAGUGAAUGGGCAGGCUGUGUGCUCAUGCCUACCGUCGUACAUUGGCAGUCCACCAGGCUGUAGACCAGAGUGUGUGGUGAGCUCCGAAUGCCCGCAGAACCGAGCCUGUGUGAACCAGAAGUGUGUGGACCCUUGCCCUGGGCCGUGUGGCCUCAAUACUCGCUGCCAGGUGAUCAACCACAGCCCAAUAUGCAGUUGCAAACAAGGAUAUACCGGAGACCCCUUCGCCAGAUGCCAUCCAAUUCCACCUCCACCUCAGAGGCCGAGUGCCCCAGUAGUUGUGAAUCCUUGCAUCCCAUCACCAUGUGGGCCGUAUUCUGAAUGUCGUGAUACAGGUGGCAAUCCUUCAUGCUCAUGCCUGGCAAAUUACAUUGGCGCUCCACCAAACUGCCGUCCCGAGUGCUCCAUCAACUCGGAGUGCCCCAGCAACAGGGCUUGUAUCCGGGAGAAGUGUCGUGACCCAUGUCCUGGGUCAUGUGGCACUGGCGCACAGUGCAGUGUGAUCAACCACACCCCGGUGUGCACAUGCCCUGAGGGGUACACAGGAGAUCCAUUCACCAACUGCUUCCCAAAACCGACAAUUGCAGAACCUGUGGAAUCGGACCCGUGCAAUCCUUCGCCUUGCGGGCCUAACGCCGAAUGCCGAGAUGGCAGUUGUACUUGUCUUCCAGAAUACCAAGGAGACCCAUACACUGGUUGCCGGCCAGAGUGCGUGUUGAGUACUGAUUGUGACAGGACGAAAGCUUGCAUCAGGAACAAGUGUGCUGACCCCUGCCCAGGAACUUGCGGACAGGGUGCUCGAUGCGACGUAGUCAACCACAUCCCCAUCUGUACCUGUCCAGAAGGCACCUCUGGAAAUGCCUUCAUUCAGUGCCGGCCUAUUCCACCUCCCGUGGCAACACAGCCAUGCAACCCGUCUCCAUGCGGUCCCAACAGCCAAUGUCGGGAGAUUAACGGCCAGGCUGUAUGUUCAUGUGUGCCGGGCUACCUUGGAAGCCCACCGGCGUGCAGGCCAGAGUGCGUUGUGAGUUCCGAUUGCAGCCAGAAUGAAGCCUGCAGCAACCAGAAAUGUAGAAAUCCUUGCCCAGGAACGUGUGGAAUUGGGGCUAAGUGUCAGGUGGUGAAUCACAACCCUAUCUGUAGCUGUCCACCGCGCCACACGGGAGACCCGUUCACCAGAUGCCUGCCCAUACCUGAUUCGCCGGUGAGCAAGCCAGUGAACCCUUGCCAGCCGUCACCUUGUGGUCCAAAUGCUCAGUGCAAGGUAGCUGGAGACAGCCCCUCUUGCUCGUGCCUGCCAGAAUUCAAAGGCUCGCCACCAAACUGUCGGCCUGAGUGCGUCAGCAACAGCGAGUGUGCCAGCCAUCUGGCCUGUAUGGGGCAGAAGUGCAAAGACCCCUGUCCCGGAGCUUGUGGAUCAAAUGCUGAGUGCCGAGUGGUCAGCCACACGCCUACGUGUGUGUGUGCGGUUGGAUACACUGGAGACCCGUUCUCUCAGUGCUUUGUACAACCUGUAGCCGUGCCCCAGGAGAGGCCAACGCCCUGCUCUCCGUCGCCAUGUGGUUCGAAUGCAGUGUGUAGGGAACAGAAUGGCGCUGGAUCUUGCACUUGUCUACCAGAGUAUGUGGGCAAUCCGUACGAAGGCUGUCGGCCAGAGUGCGUGGUGAACACUGACUGUGCUCCCAACAGGGCAUGUAUUCGUAACAAGUGCCAAGACCCAUGCCCCGGCACGUGUGGCCCGAAUGCAGACUGCCAGGUGGUCAAUCACCUGCCAUCGUGCACAUGCCGGCCGGGAUACACUGGAGACCCGUUCCGAUACUGCACAGUGCAGGCUAGCGAACCUGUGGUAGCUGAACCAGGAGAUCCGUGCAGCCCAUCGCCAUGUGGUCCUAACAGCCAAUGUCGCCAAGUGAAUGGGCAGGCUGUGUGCUCAUGCCUACCGUCGUACAUUGGCAGUCCACCAGGCUGUAGACCAGAGUGUGUGGUGAGCUCCGAAUGCCCGCAGAACCGAGCCUGUGUGAACCAGAAGUGUGUGGACCCUUGCCCUGGGCCGUGUGGCCUCAAUACUCGCUGCCAGGUGAUCAACCACAGCCCAAUAUGCAGUUGCAAACAAGGAUAUACCGGAGACCCCUUCGCCAGAUGCCAUCCAAUUCCACCUCCACCUCAGAGGCCGAGUGCCCCAGUAGUAGUGAAUCCUUGCAUCCCAUCACCAUGUGGGCCGUAUUCUGAAUGUCGUGAUACAGGUGGCAAUCCUUCAUGCUCAUGCCUGGCAAAUUACAUUGGCGCUCCACCAAACUGCCGUCCCGAGUGCUCCAUCAACUCGGAGUGCCCCAGCAACAGGGCUUGUAUCCGGGAGAAGUGUCGUGACCCAUGUCCUGGGUCGUGUGGCAUUGGCGCACAGUGCAGUGUGAUCAACCACACCCCGGUGUGCACAUGCCCUGAGGGGUACACAGGAGAUCCAUUCACCAACUGCUUCCCAAAACCGACAAUUGCAGAACCUGUGGAAUCGGACCCGUGCAAUCCUUCGCCUUGCGGGCCUAACGCCGAAUGCCGAGAUGGCAGUUGUACUUGUCUUCCAGAAUACCAAGGAGACCCAUACACUGGUUGCCGGCCAGAGUGCGUGUUGAGUACUGAUUGUGACAGGACGAAAGCUUGCAUCAGGAACAAGUGUGCUGACCCCUGCCCAGGAACUUGCGGACAGGGUGCUCGAUGCGACGUAGUCAACCACAUCCCCAUCUGUACCUGUCCAGAAGGCACCUCUGGAAAUGCCUUCAUUCAGUGCCGGCCUAUUCCACCUCCCGUGGCAACACAGCCAUGCAACCCGUCUCCAUGCGGUCCCAACAGCCAAUGUCGGGAGAUUAACGGCCAGGCUGUAUGUUCAUGUGUGCCGGGCUACCUUGGAAGCCCACCGGCGUGCAGGCCAGAGUGCGUUGUGAGUUCCGAUUGCAGCCAGAAUGAAGCCUGCAGCAACCAGAAAUGUAGAAAUCCUUGCCCAGGAACGUGUGGAAUUGGGGCUAAGUGUCAGGUGGUGAAUCACAACCCUAUCUGUAGCUGUCCACCGCGCCACACGGGAGACCCGUUCACCAGAUGCCUGCCCAUACCUGAUUCGCCGGUGAGCAAGCCAGUGAACCCUUGCCAGCCGUCACCUUGUGGUCCAAAUGCUCAGUGCAAGGUAGCUGGAGACAGCCCCUCUUGCUCGUGCCUGCCAGAAUUCAAAGGCUCGCCACCAAACUGUCGGCCUGAGUGCGUCAGCAACAGCGAGUGUGCCAGCCAUCUGGCCUGUAUGGGGCAGAAGUGCAAAGACCCCUGUCCCGGAGCUUGUGGAUCAAAUGCUGAGUGCCGAGUGGUCAGCCACACGCCUACGUGUGUGUGUGCGGUUGGAUACACUGGAGACCCGUUCUCUCAGUGCUUUGUACAACCUGUAGCCGUGCCCCAGGAGAGGCCAACGCCCUGCUCUCCGUCGCCAUGUGGUUCGAAUGCAGUGUGUAGGGAACAGAAUGGCGCUGGAUCUUGCACUUGUCUACCAGAGUAUGUGGGCAAUCCGUACGAAGGCUGUCGGCCAGAGUGCGUGGUGAACACUGACUGUGCUCCCAACAGGGCAUGUAUUCGUAACAAGUGCCAAGACCCAUGCCCCGGCACGUGUGGCCCGAAUGCAGACUGCCAGGUGGUCAAUCACCUGCCAUCGUGCACAUGCCGGCCGGGAUACACUGGAGACCCGUUCCGAUACUGCACAGUGCAGGCUAGCGAACCUGUGGUAGCUGAACCAGGAGAUCCGUGCAGCCCAUCGCCAUGUGGUCCUAACAGCCAAUGUCGCCAAGUGAAUGGGCAGGCUGUGUGCUCAUGCCUACCGUCGUACAUUGGCAGUCCACCAGGCUGUAGACCAGAGUGUGUGGUGAGCUCCGAAUGCCCGCAGAACCGAGCCUGUGUGAACCAGAAGUGUGUGGACCCUUGCCCUGGGCCGUGUGGCCUCAAUACUCGCUGCCAGGUGAUCAACCACAGCCCAAUAUGCAGUUGCAAACAAGGAUAUACCGGAGACCCCUUCGCCAGAUGCCAUCCAAUUCCACCUCCACCUCAGAGGCCGAGUGCCCCAGUAGUUGUGAAUCCUUGCAUCCCAUCACCAUGUGGGCCGUAUUCUGAAUGUCGUGAUACAGGUGGCAAUCCUUCAUGCUCAUGCCUGGCAAAUUACAUUGGCGCUCCACCAAACUGCCGUCCCGAGUGCUCCAUCAACUCGGAGUGCCCCAGCAACAGGGCUUGUAUCCGGGAGAAGUGUCGUGACCCAUGUCCUGGGUCGUGUGGCAUUGGCGCACAGUGCAGUGUGAUCAACCACACCCCGGUGUGCACAUGCCCUGAGGGGUACACAGGAGAUCCAUUCACCAACUGCUUCCCAAAACCGACAAUUGCAGAACCUGUGGAAUCGGACCCGUGCAAUCCUUCGCCUUGCGGGCCUAACGCCGAAUGCCGAGAUGGCAGUUGUACUUGUCUUCCAGAAUACCAAGGAGACCCAUACACUGGUUGCCGGCCAGAGUGCGUGUUGAGUACUGAUUGUGACAGGACGAAAGCUUGCAUCAGGAACAAGUGUGCUGACCCCUGCCCAGGAACUUGCGGACAGGGCGCUCGAUGCGACGUAGUCAACCACAUCCCCAUCUGUACCUGUCCAGAAGGCACCUCUGGAAAUGCCUUCAUUCAGUGCCGGCCUAUUCCACCUCCCGUGGCAACACAGCCAUGCAACCCGUCUCCAUGCGGUCCCAACAGCCAAUGUCGGGAGAUUAACGGCCAGGCUGUAUGUUCAUGUGUGCCGGGCUACCUUGGAAGCCCACCGGCGUGCAGGCCAGAGUGCGUUGUGAGUUCCGAUUGCAGCCAGAAUGAAGCCUGCAGCAACCAGAAAUGUAGAAAUCCUUGCCCAGGAACGUGUGGAAUUGGGGCUAAGUGUCAGGUGGUGAAUCACAACCCUAUCUGUAGCUGUCCACCGCGCCACACGGGAGACCCGUUCACCAGAUGCCUGCCCAUACCUGAUUCGCCGGUGAGCAAGCCAGUGAACCCUUGCCAGCCGUCACCUUGUGGUCCAAAUGCUCAGUGCAAGGUAGCUGGAGACAGCCCCUCUUGCUCGUGCCUGCCAGAAUUCAAAGGCUCGCCACCAAACUGUCGGCCUGAGUGCGUCAGCAACAGCGAGUGUGCCAGCCAUCUGGCCUGUAUGGGGCAGAAGUGCAAAGACCCCUGUCCCGGAGCUUGUGGAUCAAAUGCUGAGUGCCGAGUGGUCAGCCACACGCCUACGUGUGUGUGUGCGGUUGGAUACACUGGAGACCCGUUCUCUCAGUGCUUUGUACAACCUGUAGCCGUGCCCCAGGAGAGGCCAACGCCCUGCUCUCCGUCGCCAUGUGGUUCGAAUGCAGUGUGUAGGGAACAGAAUGGCGCUGGAUCUUGCACUUGUCUACCAGAGUAUGUGGGCAAUCCGUACGAAGGCUGUCGGCCAGAGUGCGUGGUGAACACUGACUGUGCUCCCAACAGGGCAUGUAUUCGUAACAAGUGCCAAGACCCAUGCCCCGGCACGUGUGGCCCGAAUGCAGACUGCCAGGUGGUCAAUCACCUGCCAUCGUGCACAUGCCGGCCGGGAUACACUGGAGACCCGUUCCGAUACUGCACAGUGCAGGCUAGCGAACCUGUGGUAGCUGAACCAGGAGAUCCGUGCAGCCCAUCGCCAUGUGGUCCUAACAGCCAAUGUCGCCAAGUGAAUGGGCAGGCUGUGUGCUCAUGCCUACCGUCGUACAUUGGCAGUCCACCAGGCUGUAGACCAGAGUGUGUGGUGAGCUCCGAAUGCCCGCAGAACCGAGCCUGUGUGAACCAGAAGUGUGUGGACCCUUGCCCUGGGCCGUGUGGCCUCAAUACUCGCUGCCAGGUGAUCAACCACAGCCCAAUAUGCAGUUGCAAACAAGGAUAUACCGGAGACCCCUUCGCCAGAUGCCAUCCAAUUCCACCUCCACCUCAGAGGCCGAGUGCCCCAGUAGUUGUGAAUCCUUGCAUCCCAUCACCAUGUGGGCCGUAUUCUGAAUGUCGUGAUACAGGUGGCAAUCCUUCAUGCUCAUGCCUGGCAAAUUACAUUGGCGCUCCACCAAACUGCCGUCCCGAGUGCUCCAUCAACUCGGAGUGCCCCAGCAACAGGGCUUGUAUCCGGGAGAAGUGUCGUGACCCAUGUCCUGGGUCGUGUGGCAUUGGCGCACAGUGCAGUGUGAUCAACCACACCCCGGUGUGCACAUGCCCUGAGGGGUACACAGGAGAUCCAUUCACCAACUGCUUCCCAAAACCGACAAUUGCAGAACCUGUGGAAUCGGACCCGUGCAAUCCUUCGCCUUGCGGGCCUAACGCCGAAUGCCGAGAUGGCAGUUGUACUUGUCUUCCAGAAUACCAAGGAGACCCAUACACUGGUUGCCGGCCAGAGUGCGUGUUGAGUACUGAUUGUGACAGGACGAAAGCUUGCAUCAGGAACAAGUGUGCUGACCCCUGCCCAGGAACUUGCGGACAGGGUGCUCGAUGCGACGUAGUCAACCACAUCCCCAUCUGUACCUGUCCAGAAGGCACCUCUGGAAAUGCCUUCAUUCAGUGCCGGCCUAUUCCACCUCCCGUGGCAACACAGCCAUGCAACCCGUCUCCAUGCGGUCCCAACAGCCAAUGUCGGGAGAUUAACGGCCAGGCUGUAUGUUCAUGUGUGCCGGGCUACCUUGGAAGCCCACCGGCGUGCAGGCCAGAGUGCGUUGUGAGUUCCGAUUGCAGCCAGAAUGAAGCCUGCAGCAACCAGAAAUGUAGAAAUCCUUGCCCAGGAACGUGUGGAAUUGGGGCUAAGUGUCAGGUGGUGAAUCACAACCCUAUCUGUAGCUGUCCACCGCGCCACACGGGAGACCCGUUCACCAGAUGCCUGCCCAUACCUCCCGUGGCAACACAGCCAUGCAACCCGUCUCCAUGCGGUCCCAACAGCCAAUGUCGGGAGAUUAACGACAGCCCCUCUUGCUCGUGCCUGCCAGAAUUCAAAGGCUCGCCACCAAACUGUCGGCCUGAGUGCGUCAGCAACAGCGAGUGUGCCAGCCAUCUGGCCUGUAUGGGGCAGAAGUGCAAAGACCCCUGUCCCGGAGCUUGUGGAUCAAAUGCUGAGUGCCGAGUGGUCAGCCACACGCCUACGUGUGUGUGUGCGGUUGGAUACACUGGAGACCCAUUCUCUCAGUGCUUUGUACAACCUGUAGCCGUGCCCCAGGAGAGGCCAACGCCCUGCUCUCCGUCGCCAUGUGGUUCGAAUGCAGUGUGUAGGGAACAGAAUGGCGCUGGAUCUUGCACUUGUCUACCAGAGUAUGUGGGCAAUCCGUACGAAGGCUGUCGGCCAGAGUGCGUGGUGAACACUGACUGUGCUCCCAACAGGGCAUGUAUUCGUAACAAGUGCCAAGACCCAUGCCCUGGCACAUGUGGCCCGAACGCAGACUGCCAGGUGGUCAAUCACCUCCCAUCGUGCACAUGUCGACCGGGAUACACUGGAGACCCGUUCCGAUACUGCACAGUGCAGGCUAGCGAACCUGUGGUAGCUGAACCAGGAGAUCCGUGCAGCCCAUCGCCGUGUGGUCCUAACAGCCAAUGUCGCCAAGUGAAUGGGCAGGCUGUGUGCUCAUGCCUACCGUCGUACAUUGGCAGUCCACCAGGCUGUAGACCGGAGUGUGUGGUGAGCUCCGAAUGCCCGCAGAACCGAGCCUGUGUGAACCAGAAGUGUGUGGACCCUUGCCCUGGGCCGUGUGGCCUCAAUACUCGCUGCCAGGUGAUCAACCACAGCCCAAUAUGCAGUUGCAAACAAGGAUAUACCGGAGACCCCUUCGCCAGAUGCCAUCCAAUUCCACCUCCACCUCAGAGGCCGAGUGCCCCAGUGGUUGUGAAUCCUUGCAUCCCAUCGCCGUGUGGGCCAUAUUCUGAGUGUCGCGAUACAGGUGGCAGUCCUUCAUGCUCGUGCCUGGCAAACUACAUUGGCGCUCCACCAAACUGUCGGCCCGAGUGCUCCAUCAACUCGGAGUGCCCCAGCAACAGGGCUUGUAUCAGGGAGAAGUGUCGUGACCCAUGUCCAGGGUCGUGUGGCAUUGGCGCACAGUGCAGUGUGAUCAAUCACACCCCAGUUUGCACAUGCCCUGAGGGAUACACUGGAGACCCGUUUAGUAACUGCUUCCCGAAGCCACCAAUUUCAGAACCUGUGGAAUCAGACCCAUGCAAUCCAUCGCCUUGUGGGCCUAACGCCGAAUGCCGAGAUGGCAGUUGUACUUGCCUUCCGGAAUAUCAAGGAGACCCAUACACUGGUUGCCGGCCAGAGUGUGUGUUGAGUACUGACUGUGACAGGACGAAAGCUUGCAUCAGGAACAAGUGCGCUGACCCCUGCCCAGGGACUUGUGGACAGGAUGCUCGGUGCGAUGUAGUUAAUCACAUCCCCAUCUGCACCUGUCCGGAAGGCACCUCUGGAAACGCUUUCAUCCAGUGCCGACCAGUACCACCUCCUGCAGUUACACUACCAUGUCGGCCAUCUCCAUGUGGACCAAACAGCCAAUGUCGGGAGAUUAAUGGCCAGGCAGUGUGCUCUUGUGUACCUGGAUACUUGGGAAGUCCUCCGGCGUGCAGACCAGAGUGCGUCGUGAGCUCCGAUUGCAGCCAGAACGAAGCAUGUAGUAACCAGAAAUGUAGGAAUCCCUGCCCAGGAACGUGUGGAAUUGGAGCGCGUUGUGAGGUGGUCAAUCACAACCCAAUUUGUAGCUGUCCACCUCGUUACACCGGCGAUCCGUUCUCCAGAUGUCUGCCCAUACCUGAGAACCCUGUGGUCAGCGAGCCAGUGAACCCUUGCCAGCCUUCACCAUGUGGUCCAAAUGCUCAGUGCAAGGUAGCUGGAGACAGCCCAUCAUGUUCAUGCCUGCCAGAAUUCAAGGGCUCGCCUCCAAACUGCCGGCCCGAGUGCAUCAGCAACAGCGAGUGUGCCAGCCAUCUGGCCUGUAUCGGGCAGAAGUGCAAAGACCCCUGUCCAGGAGCUUGUGGGUCGAAUGCAGAGUGCCGAGUGGUCAGCCACACGCCUACAUGUGUGUGUGCAGUUGGAUACACUGGAGACCCAUUCUCUCAGUGCUUUGUGCAGCCUGUGGCCGCGCCGCAGGAAAGACCGACGCCCUGCUCUCCGUCGCCAUGUGGUUCGAAUGCAGUGUGUAGGGAACAGAAUGGCGCCGGAUCUUGCACUUGUCUACCAGAGUAUGUGGGCAACCCAUACGAAGGCUGCCGGCCAGAAUGUGUGGUAAACACUGACUGUGCUCCCAACAAGGCAUGUAUCCGUAACAAGUGCCAAGACCCGUGCCCUGGCACAUGUGGCCCAAACGCAGACUGCCAGGUUGUCAAUCACCUGCCAUCGUGCACUUGCCGGCCAGGAUACACUGGAGACCCGUUCCGAUACUGCACGGUGCAGGCUAGCGAACCUGUGGUAGCUGAACCGGGAGAUCCAUGCAACCCAUCGCCAUGUGGUCCAAACAGCCAAUGCCGCCAAGUGAAUGGGCAGGCUGUGUGCUCGUGCUUACCGUCGUACAUUGGCAGUCCACCAGGAUGCAGACCGGAGUGUGUGGUUAGCUCUGAAUGCCCGCAGAAUCGAGCCUGUGUGAACCAGAAGUGUGUGGACCCUUGCCCUGGGCCGUGUGGCCUCAAUACUCGCUGCCAGGUGAUCAACCACAGCCCAAUAUGCAGCUGCAAACAAGGAUAUACCGGAGACCCCUUCGCCAGAUGCCAUCCAAUUCCACCUCCACCUCAGAGGCCGAGUGCCCCAGUGGUUGUGAAUCCUUGCAUCCCAUCGCCGUGUGGGCCAUAUUCUGAGUGUCGCGAUACAGGUGGCAGUCCUUCAUGCUCGUGCCUGGCAAACUACAUUGGCGCUCCACCAAACUGUCGGCCCGAGUGCUCCAUCAACUCGGAGUGCCCCAGCAACAGGGCUUGUAUCAGGGAGAAGUGUCGUGACCCAUGUCCAGGGUCGUGUGGCAUUGGCGCACAGUGCAGUGUGAUCAAUCACACCCCAGUUUGCACAUGCCCUGAGGGAUACACUGGAGACCCGUUUAGUAACUGCUUCCCGAAGCCACCAAUUUCAGAACCUGUGGAAUCAGACCCAUGCAAUCCAUCGCCUUGUGGGCCUAACGCCGAAUGCCGAGAUGGCAGUUGUACUUGCCUUCCGGAAUAUCAAGGAGACCCAUACACUGGUUGCCGGCCAGAGUGUGUGUUGAGUACUGACUGUGACAGGACGAAAGCUUGCAUCAGGAACAAGUGCGCUGACCCCUGCCCAGGGACUUGUGGACAGGAUGCUCGGUGCGAUGUAGUUAAUCACAUCCCCAUCUGCACCUGUCCGGAAGGCACCUCUGGAAACGCUUUCAUCCAGUGCCGACCAGUACCACCUCCUGCAGUUACACUACCAUGUCGGCCAUCUCCAUGUGGACCAAACAGCCAAUGUCGGGAGAUUAAUGGCCAGGCAGUGUGCUCUUGUGUACCUGGAUACUUGGGAAGUCCUCCGGCGUGCAGACCAGAGUGCGUCGUGAGCUCCGAUUGCAGCCAGAACGAAGCAUGUAGUAACCAGAAAUGUAGGAAUCCCUGCCCAGGAACGUGUGGAAUUGGAGCGCGUUGUGAGGUGGUCAAUCACAACCCAAUUUGUAGCUGUCCACCUCGUUACACCGGCGAUCCGUUCUCCAGAUGUCUGCCCAUACCUGAGAACCCUGUGGUCAGCGAGCCAGUGAACCCUUGCCAGCCUUCACCAUGUGGUCCAAAUGCUCAGUGCAAGGUAGCUGGAGACAGCCCAUCAUGUUCAUGCCUGCCAGAAUUCAAGGGCUCGCCUCCAAACUGCCGGCCCGAGUGCAUCAGCAACAGCGAGUGUGCCAGCCAUCUGGCCUGUAUCGGGCAGAAGUGCAAAGACCCCUGUCCAGGAGCUUGUGGGUCGAAUGCAGAGUGCCGAGUGGUCAGCCACACGCCUACAUGUGUGUGUGCAGUUGGAUACACUGGAGACCCAUUCUCUCAGUGCUUUGUGCAGCCUGUGGCCGCGCCGCAGGAAAGACCGACGCCCUGCUCUCCGUCGCCAUGUGGUUCGAAUGCAGUGUGUAGGGAACAGAAUGGCGCCGGAUCUUGCACUUGUCUACCAGAGUAUGUGGGCAACCCAUACGAAGGCUGCCGGCCAGAAUGUGUGGUAAACACUGACUGUGCUCCCAACAAGGCAUGUAUCCGUAACAAGUGCCAAGACCCGUGCCCUGGCACAUGUGGCCCGAACGCAGACUGCCAGGUUGUCAAUCACCUGCCAUCGUGCACUUGCCGGCCAGGAUACACUGGAGACCCGUUCCGAUACUGCACGGUGCAGGCUAGCGAACCUGUGGUAGCUGAACCGGGAGAUCCAUGCAACCCAUCGCCAUGUGGUCCAAACAGCCAAUGCCGCCAAGUGAAUGGGCAGGCUGUGUGCUCGUGCCUACCGUCGUACAUUGGCAGUCCACCAGGAUGCAGACCGGAGUGUGUGGUUAGCUCUGAAUGCCCGCAGAAUCGAGCCUGUGUGAACCAGAAGUGUGUGGACCCUUGCCCUGGGCCGUGUGGCCUCAAUACUCGCUGCCAGGUGAUCAACCACAGCCCAAUAUGCAGCUGCAAACAAGGAUAUACCGGAGACCCCUUCGCCAGAUGCCAUCCAAUUCCACCUCCACCUCAGAGGCCGAGUGCCCCAGUGGUUGUGAAUCCUUGCAUCCCAUCGCCGUGUGGGCCAUAUUCUGAGUGUCGCGAUACAGGUGGCAGUCCUUCAUGCUCGUGCCUGGCAAACUACAUUGGCGCUCCACCAAACUGUCGGCCCGAGUGCUCCAUCAACUCGGAGUGCCCCAGCAACAGGGCUUGUAUCAGGGAGAAGUGUCGUGACCCAUGUCCAGGGUCGUGUGGCAUUGGCGCACAGUGCAGUGUGAUCAAUCACACCCCAGUUUGCACAUGCCCUGAGGGAUACACUGGAGACCCGUUUAGUAACUGCUUCCCGAAGCCACCAAUUUCAGAACCUGUGGAAUCAGACCCAUGCAAUCCAUCGCCUUGUGGGCCUAACGCCGAAUGCCGAGAUGGCAGUUGUACUUGCCUUCCGGAAUAUCAAGGAGACCCAUACACUGGUUGCCGGCCAGAGUGUGUGUUGAGUACUGACUGUGACAGGACGAAAGCUUGCAUCAGGAACAAGUGCGCUGACCCCUGCCCAGGGACUUGUGGACAGGAUGCUCGGUGCGAUGUAGUUAAUCACAUCCCCAUCUGCACCUGUCCGGAAGGCACCUCUGGAAACGCUUUCAUCCAGUGCCGACCAGUACCACCUCCUGCAGUUACACUACCAUGUCGGCCAUCUCCAUGUGGACCAAAUAGCCAAUGUCGGGAGAUUAAUGGCCAGGCAGUGUGCUCUUGUGUACCUGGAUACUUGGGAAGUCCUCCGGCGUGCAGACCAGAGUGCGUCGUGAGCUCCGAUUGCAGCCAGAACGAAGCAUGUAGUAACCAGAAAUGUAGGAAUCCCUGCCCAGGAACGUGUGGAAUUGGAGCGCGUUGUGAGGUGGUCAAUCACAACCCAAUUUGUAGCUGUCCACCUCGUUACACCGGCGAUCCGUUCUCCAGAUGUCUGCCCAUACCUGAGAACCCUGUGGUCAGCGAGCCAGUGAACCCUUGCCAGCCUUCACCAUGUGGUCCAAAUGCUCAGUGCAAGGUAGCUGGAGACAGCCCAUCAUGUUCAUGCCUGCCAGAAUUCAAGGGCUCGCCUCCAAACUGCCGGCCCGAGUGCAUCAGCAACAGCGAGUGUGCCAGCCAUCUGGCCUGUAUCGGGCAGAAGUGCAAAGACCCCUGUCCAGGAGCUUGUGGGUCGAAUGCAGAGUGCCGAGUGGUCAGCCACACGCCUACAUGUGUGUGUGCAGUUGGAUACACUGGAGACCCAUUCUCUCAGUGCUUUGUGCAGCCUGCGGCCGCGCCGCAGGAAAGACCGACGCCCUGCUCUCCGUCGCCAUGUGGUUCGAAUGCAGUGUGUAGGGAACAGAAUGGCGCCGGAUCUUGCACUUGUCUACCAGAGUAUGUGGGCAACCCAUACGAAGGCUGCCGGCCAGAAUGUGUGGUAAACACUGACUGUGCUCCCAACAAGGCAUGUAUCCGUAACAAGUGCCAAGACCCGUGCCCUGGCACAUGUGGCCCGAACGCAGACUGCCAGGUUGUCAAUCACCUGCCAUCGUGCACUUGCCGGCCAGGAUACACUGGAGACCCGUUCCGAUACUGCACGGUGCAGGCUAGCGAACCUGUGGUAGCUGAACCGGGAGAUCCAUGCAACCCAUCGCCAUGUGGUCCAAACAGCCAAUGCCGCCAAGUGAAUGGGCAGGCUGUGUGCUCGUGCCUACCGUCGUACAUUGGCAGUCCACCAGGAUGCAGACCGGAGUGUGUGGUUAGCUCUGAAUGCCCGCAGAAUCGAGCCUGUGUGAACCAGAAGUGUGUGGACCCUUGCCCUGGGCCGUGUGGCCUCAAUACUCGCUGCCAGGUGAUCAACCACAGCCCAAUAUGCAGCUGCAAACAAGGAUAUACCGGAGACCCCUUCGCCAGAUGCCAUCCAAUUCCACCUCCACCUCAGAGGCCGAGUGCCCCAGUGGUUGUGAAUCCUUGCAUCCCAUCGCCGUGUGGGCCAUAUUCUGAGUGUCGCGAUACAGGUGGCAGUCCUUCAUGCUCGUGCCUGGCAAACUACAUUGGCGCUCCACCAAACUGUCGGCCCGAGUGCUCCAUCAACUCGGAGUGCCCCAGCAACAGGGCUUGUAUCAGGGAGAAGUGUCGUGACCCAUGUCCAGGGUCGUGUGGCAUUGGCGCACAGUGCAGUGUGAUCAAUCACACCCCAGUUUGCACAUGCCCUGAGGGAUACACUGGAGACCCGUUUAGUAACUGCUUCCCGAAGCCACCAAUUUCAGAACCUGUGGAAUCAGACCCAUGCAAUCCAUCGCCUUGUGGGCCUAACGCCGAAUGCCGAGAUGGCAGUUGUACUUGCCUUCCGGAAUAUCAAGGAGACCCAUACACUGGUUGCCGGCCAGAGUGUGUGUUGAGUACUGACUGUGACAGGACGAAAGCUUGCAUCAGGAACAAGUGCGCUGACCCCUGCCCAGGGACUUGUGGACAGGAUGCUCGGUGCGAUGUAGUUAAUCACAUCCCCAUCUGCACCUGUCCGGAAGGCACCUCUGGAAACGCUUUCAUCCAGUGCCGACCAGUACCACCUCCUGCAGUUACACUACCAUGUCGGCCAUCUCCAUGUGGACCAAAUAGCCAAUGUCGGGAGAUUAAUGGCCAGGCAGUGUGCUCUUGUGUACCUGGAUACUUGGGAAGUCCUCCGGCGUGCAGACCAGAGUGCGUCGUGAGCUCCGAUUGCAGCCAGAACGAAGCAUGUAGUAACCAGAAAUGUAGGAAUCCCUGCCCAGGAACGUGUGGAAUUGGAGCGCGUUGUGAGGUGGUCAAUCACAACCCAAUUUGUAGCUGUCCACCUCGUUACACCGGCGAUCCGUUCUCCAGAUGUCUGCCCAUACCUGAGAACCCUGUGGUCAGCGAGCCAGUGAACCCUUGCCAGCCUUCACCAUGUGGUCCAAAUGCUCAGUGCAAGGUAGCUGGAGACAGCCCAUCAUGUUCAUGCCUGCCAGAAUUCAAGGGCUCGCCUCCAAACUGCCGGCCCGAGUGCAUCAGCAACAGCGAGUGUGCCAGCCAUCUGGCCUGUAUCGGGCAGAAGUGCAAAGACCCCUGUCCAGGAGCUUGUGGGUCGAAUGCAGAGUGCCGAGUGGUCAGCCACACGCCUACAUGUGUGUGUGCAGUUGGAUACACUGGAGACCCAUUCUCUCAGUGCUUUGUGCAGCCUGCGGCCGCGCCGCAGGAAAGACCGACGCCCUGCUCUCCGUCGCCAUGUGGUUCGAAUGCAGUGUGUAGGGAACAGAAUGGCGCCGGAUCUUGCACUUGUCUACCAGAGUAUGUGGGCAACCCAUACGAAGGCUGCCGGCCAGAAUGUGUGGUAAACACUGACUGUGCUCCCAACAAGGCAUGUAUCCGUAACAAGUGCCAAGACCCGUGCCCUGGCACAUGUGGCCCGAACGCAGACUGCCAGGUUGUCAAUCACCUGCCAUCGUGCACUUGCCGGCCAGGAUACACUGGAGACCCGUUCCGAUACUGCACGGUGCAGGCUAGCGAACCUGUGGUAGCUGAACCGGGAGAUCCAUGCAACCCAUCGCCAUGUGGUCCAAACAGCCAAUGCCGCCAAGUGAAUGGGCAGGCUGUGUGCUCGUGCCUACCGUCGUACAUUGGCAGUCCACCAGGAUGCAGACCGGAGUGUGUGGUUAGCUCUGAAUGCCCGCAGAAUCGAGCCUGUGUGAACCAGAAGUGUGUGGACCCUUGCCCUGGGCCGUGUGGCCUCAAUACUCGCUGCCAGGUGAUCAACCACAGCCCAAUAUGCAGCUGCAAACAAGGAUAUACCGGAGACCCCUUCGCCAGAUGCCAUCCAAUUCCACCUCCACCUCAGAGGCCGAGUGCCCCAGUGGUUGUGAAUCCUUGCAUCCCAUCGCCGUGUGGGCCAUAUUCUGAGUGUCGCGAUACAGGUGGCAGUCCUUCAUGCUCGUGCCUGGCAAACUACAUUGGCGCUCCACCAAACUGUCGGCCCGAGUGCUCCAUCAACUCGGAGUGCCCCAGCAACAGGGCUUGUAUCAGGGAGAAGUGUCGUGACCCAUGUCCAGGGUCGUGUGGCAUUGGCGCACAGUGCAGUGUGAUCAAUCACACCCCAGUUUGCACAUGCCCUGAGGGAUACACUGGAGACCCGUUUAGUAACUGCUUCCCGAAGCCACCAAUUUCAGAACCUGUGGAAUCAGACCCAUGCAAUCCAUCGCCUUGUGGGCCUAACGCCGAAUGCCGAGAUGGCAGUUGUACUUGCCUUCCGGAAUAUCAAGGAGACCCAUACACUGGUUGCCGGCCAGAGUGUGUGUUGAGUACUGACUGUGACAGGACGAAAGCUUGCAUCAGGAACAAGUGCGCUGACCCCUGCCCAGGGACUUGUGGACAGGAUGCUCGGUGCGAUGUAGUUAAUCACAUCCCCAUCUGCACCUGUCCGGAAGGCACCUCUGGAAACGCUUUCAUCCAGUGCCGACCAGUACCACCUCCUGCAGUUACACUACCAUGUCGGCCAUCUCCAUGUGGACCAAAUAGCCAAUGUCGGGAGAUUAAUGGCCAGGCAGUGUGCUCUUGUGUACCUGGAUACUUGGGAAGUCCUCCGGCGUGCAGACCAGAGUGCGUCGUGAGCUCCGAUUGCAGCCAGAACGAAGCAUGUAGUAACCAGAAAUGUAGGAAUCCCUGCCCAGGAACGUGUGGAAUUGGAGCGCGUUGUGAGGUGGUCAAUCACAACCCAAUUUGUAGCUGUCCACCUCGUUACACCGGCGAUCCGUUCUCCAGAUGUCUGCCCAUACCUGAGAACCCUGUGGUCAGCGAGCCAGUGAACCCUUGCCAGCCUUCACCAUGUGGUCCAAAUGCUCAGUGCAAGGUAGCUGGAGACAGCCCAUCAUGUUCAUGCCUGCCAGAAUUCAAGGGCUCGCCUCCAAACUGCCGGCCCGAGUGCAUCAGCAACAGCGAGUGUGCCAGCCAUCUGGCCUGUAUCGGGCAGAAGUGCAAAGACCCCUGUCCAGGAGCUUGUGGGUCGAAUGCAGAGUGCCGAGUGGUCAGCCACACGCCUACAUGUGUGUGUGCAGUUGGAUACACUGGAGACCCAUUCUCUCAGUGCUUUGUGCAGCCUGUGGCCGCGCCGCAGGAAAGACCGACGCCCUGCUCUCCGUCGCCAUGUGGUUCGAAUGCAGUGUGUAGGGAACAGAAUGGCGCCGGAUCUUGCACUUGUCUACCAGAGUAUGUGGGCAACCCAUACGAAGGCUGCCGGCCAGAAUGUGUGGUAAACACUGACUGUGCUCCCAACAAGGCAUGUAUCCGUAACAAGUGCCAAGACCCGUGCCCUGGCACAUGUGGCCCGAACGCAGACUGCCAGGUUGUCAAUCACCUGCCAUCGUGCACUUGCCGGCCAGGAUACACUGGAGACCCGUUCCGAUACUGCACGGUGCAGGCUAGCGAACCUGUGGUAGCUGAACCGGGAGAUCCAUGCAACCCAUCGCCAUGUGGUCCAAACAGCCAAUGCCGCCAAGUGAAUGGGCAGGCUGUGUGCUCGUGCCUACCGUCGUACAUUGGCAGUCCACCAGGAUGCAGACCGGAGUGUGUGGUUAGCUCUGAAUGCCCGCAGAAUCGAGCCUGUGUGAACCAGAAGUGUGUGGACCCUUGCCCUGGGCCGUGUGGCCUCAAUACUCGCUGCCAGGUGAUCAACCACAGCCCAAUAUGCAGCUGCAAACAAGGAUAUACCGGAGACCCCUUCGCCAGAUGCCAUCCAAUUCCACCUCCACCUCAGAGGCCGAGUGCCCCAGUGGUUGUGAAUCCUUGCAUCCCAUCGCCGUGUGGGCCAUAUUCUGAGUGUCGCGAUACAGGUGGCAGUCCUUCAUGCUCGUGCCUGGCAAACUACAUUGGCGCUCCACCAAACUGUCGGCCCGAGUGCUCCAUCAACUCGGAGUGCCCCAGCAACAGGGCUUGUAUCAGGGAGAAGUGUCGUGACCCAUGUCCAGGGUCGUGUGGCAUUGGCGCACAGUGCAGUGUGAUCAAUCACACCCCAGUUUGCACAUGCCCUGAGGGAUACACUGGAGACCCGUUUAGUAACUGCUUCCCGAAGCCACCAAUUUCAGAACCUGUGGAAUCAGACCCAUGCAAUCCAUCGCCUUGUGGGCCUAACGCCGAAUGCCGAGAUGGCAGUUGUACUUGCCUUCCGGAAUAUCAAGGAGACCCAUACACUGGUUGCCGGCCAGAGUGUGUGUUGAGUACUGACUGUGACAGGACGAAAGCUUGCAUCAGGAACAAGUGCGCUGACCCCUGCCCAGGGACUUGUGGACAGGAUGCUCGGUGCGAUGUAGUUAAUCACAUCCCCAUCUGCACCUGUCCGGAAGGCACCUCUGGAAACGCUUUCAUCCAGUGCCGACCAGUACCACCUCCUGCAGUUACACUACCAUGUCGGCCAUCUCCAUGUGGACCAAACAGCCAAUGUCGGGAGAUUAAUGGCCAGGCAGUGUGCUCUUGUGUACCUGGAUACUUGGGAAGUCCUCCGGCGUGCAGACCAGAGUGCGUCGUGAGCUCCGAUUGCAGCCAGAACGAAGCAUGUAGUAACCAGAAAUGUAGGAAUCCCUGCCCAGGAACGUGUGGAAUUGGAGCGCGUUGUGAGGUGGUCAAUCACAACCCAAUUUGUAGCUGUCCACCUCGUUACACCGGCGAUCCGUUCUCCAGAUGUCUGCCCAUACCUGAGAACCCUGUGGUCAGCGAGCCAGUGAACCCUUGCCAGCCUUCACCAUGUGGUCCAAAUGCUCAGUGCAAGGUAGCUGGAGACAGCCCAUCAUGUUCAUGCCUGCCAGAAUUCAAGGGCUCGCCUCCAAACUGCCGGCCCGAGUGCAUCAGCAACAGCGAGUGUGCCAGCCAUCUGGCCUGUAUCGGGCAGAAGUGCAAAGACCCCUGUCCAGGAGCUUGUGGGUCGAAUGCAGAGUGCCGAGUGGUCAGCCACACGCCUACAUGUGUGUGUGCAGUUGGAUUCACUGGGGACCCAUUCUCUAAGUGUCUUGUUUUUUCACAGCCACCGGUGCAAGAGAGACCGACGCCAUGCCUGCCUUCGCCCUGCGGCUCAAAUGCUGAAUGCAGAGAACAGAACGGCGCCGGGUCUUGCACUUGUCUGCCAGAGUACGUGGGCAACCCGUAUGAAGGUUGCCGACCAGAAUGUGUGCUCAACACGGACUGCGCUCCUAACAAGGCGUGCGUCCGUAACAAGUGCCAGGACCCCUGUCCCGGUACUUGCGGCCAGAACGCCGAGUGCCAGGUCGUCAACCACCUGCCGACUUGCACGUGCAUCCACGGAUUUACUGGAGACCCCUUCAGAUAUUGCAACGUAAUGCAUACACCACUGACACCAGAAAUCGGCGACCCGUGUCAGCCGUCACCUUGCGGACCAAACAGCGUGUGCCGUGUGGUAAAUGGACAGGCAGUUUGCUCAUGUCAGUCCGGCUACAUGGGAACACCACCAGGCUGUAGGCCCGAGUGCGUCGUCAGUGCUGAAUGCCCACGUGAUAAGGCCUGUGUCAGCAACAAGUGCAUUGACCCAUGUCCUGGUACCUGUGGCCUCAAUGCACGCUGUGAAGUCAUCAACCACAGCCCCAUUUGCAGCUGCCAGGUUGGACACACUGGAGACCCCUUUGCAAGAUGCUACCCAAUACCACCAUCUCAGCCUCCAACUACCAAACCUACCUACACAAAUCCCUGUGUUCCAUCUCCUUGUGGCCCCAAUUCAGAAUGCAGAGACAUUGGAGGAACACCUUCUUGCUCAUGCCUGGCUAAUUACAUUGGAUCUCCUCCAAACUGCCGACCUGAAUGUGUCAUCAGCUCAGAAUGCUCAAGCAACAAAGCCUGCAUCCGGGAGAAGUGCCGUGACCCAUGUCCAGGAUCAUGUGGUGCUGGUGCACAGUGCAGUGUAAUCAACCACACACCAGUAUGCACAUGUCCUGAGGGUUACACAGGUGACCCAUUCACCAGCUGUUACCCAAAGCCACAAGAACCAGAACCAGAAAAGAGUGAUCCCUGCUAUCCAUCUCCCUGCGGGCCAAACACACAAUGUAAUGAUGGAGUGUGUACUUGCUUGCCAGAAUAUCAGGGUGAUCCUUAUGCAGGCUGUCGGCCAGAGUGUGUUCUAAGCUCUGACUGUGACAGGUCAAAGGCUUGCAUCAGAAAUAAGUGCACUGAUCCAUGUCCAGGAACGUGUGGACAGGAUGCCCGCUGUGAUGUUGUCAAUCACAUCCCAAUAUGCAGUUGUCCUGAAGGAAUGUCUGGGAAUGCAUUUAUCCAGUGCAGGCCUAUUCCUCCUCCUGUGGUGACACAGCCAUGCAACCCAUCUCCGUGUGGACCAAACAGCCAGUGUCGGGAGAUUAAUGGCCAAGCAGUGUGUUCUUGUGUGCCAGGAUACCUUGGGAGUCCUCCAUCAUGCAGGCCAGAGUGUGUUGUGAGCUCAGAUUGCAGUCAGAAUGAAGCAUGCAACAAUCAGAAGUGCAGAAAUCCAUGCCCAGGCACAUGUGGUGUGGCAGCUCGCUGUGAAGUAGUUAACCACAAUCCAAUUUGCAGUUGUCCUAUACGAUAUACUGGUGAUCCAUUCGUCAGAUGCCAGCCAAUCUCCGAUACUCCUCCAGCACAAUUAAAUCCAUGUGCUCCAUCGCCUUGUGGCCCAAAUGCACAAUGUCAGGUUAUUGGAGAGACUCCAUCAUGCACAUGCCUUCCAGAAUACAUGGGAUCACCACCCAAUUGUAGACCUGAGUGUGUGAGUAAUAGUGAAUGUGCCAGUCACCUUGCGUGCAUAAGACAGAAAUGUAAAGAUCCUUGUCCUGGAUCAUGUGGGGCUAAUGCUGAAUGCCGCGUUAUUAGUCACACUCCUAACUGUUUCUGUCUCUCAGGAUAUACUGGAGAUCCAUUUGUUAUCUGUUCACCUCAACCAGCUAUUCCUGAAGAAAGACCAACUCCUUGCUCACCUUCCCCAUGUGGGUCAAAUGCUGUGUGCAGAGAACAAAAUGGUGCUGGUUCUUGCACAUGUUUACCGGAAUACAUUGGCAACCCAUAUGAGGGCUGUCGCCCAGAAUGUACCUUAAACACUGACUGCACACCAGAUAGGGCAUGUAUCCGAAACAAAUGCCAGGAUCCCUGCCCUGGGACAUGUGGACAAAAUGCAGACUGUACUGUAGUCAAUCAUUUACCAUCAUGCACAUGUAUAUCAGGAUACACUGGUGACCCAUUUAGAUUCUGCAGUAUAGUACGAGAAACACCAGAGGAACCUAAAACUCCUUGUUCACCUUCACCAUGUGGGCCAAACAGUGCAUGUCGUGAAGUUAAUGAGCAAGCAGUGUGUUCUUGUCUGCCCAGCUAUAUUGGCACACCACCUGGUUGUCGUCCAGAAUGUGUGGUAAGCUCAGAGUGUCCACAGAACAGAGCUUGCACCAAUCAGAAAUGUGCUGACCCUUGUAUUGGCACAUGUGGUUUGAACUCAAUUUGUGAGGUAAUAAACCAUAGCCCAAUCUGCAGCUGCAGACCAGGUUACACAGGAGAUCCUUUUGCACAGUGUUAUUUGAACCCAGUUGUAAUUCCUUCAGAAAAACCAGUAUAUCAUGACCCAUGUGUUCCAUCACCUUGUGGCCCGAAUGCACAGUGUAUCAACUCAGGAGGAGUUCCUUCAUGUGCAUGCAAUGCUGGUUACUUUGGUGCUCCACCAAACUGUAGACCAGAAUGUUCUGUUAAUUCAGAAUGUCCUAGCAACAAGGCUUGUAUUAGGGAAAAAUGUCGUGACCCUUGUCCAGGCUCAUGUGGUGCUAGUGCACAAUGCAGUGUGAUCAACCACACACCAGUAUGCACCUGUCCUGAGGGAUACACUGGAGAUCCUUUCACCAACUGCUUCCCCAAACCACCAGAACAAGAACCUGAGAAGGCUGACCUAUGUCAUCCAUCUCCAUGUGGCUCAAACACACAGUGUGAUGAUGGAGUGUGUACUUGCUUGCCAGAAUACCAGGGUGAUCCAUAUGCUGGCUGUCGACCUGAGUGUGUCCUGAGCACAGAUUGUGAGAGGACAAAGGCUUGCAUAAGAAACAAGUGUGCAGAUCCUUGUCCAGGGACUUGUGGUCAGGAUGCACGCUGUGAUGUUGUCAAUCAUAUUCCAAUCUGCAGUUGUCCAGAGGGCAUGUCUGGCAAUGCAUUUAUUCAAUGCAGACCUAUUCCACCUCCGCCAAAGACACAGCCAUGCAGCCCAUCUCCUUGUGGCCCUAACAGCCAAUGUCGAGAGAUUAAUGGCCAGGCAGUGUGUUCAUGUGUGCCAGGCUUCUUAGGAAGUCCACCAGCAUGUAGACCAGAAUGCAUUGUGAGCUCAGAUUGUGCACAAAAUGAAGCCUGUAACAACCAGAAAUGUCGGAACCCUUGCCCAGGAACAUGUGGUAUUGGAGCUCGUUGCGAGGUUGUUAACCACAAUCCUAUAUGCAGUUGUCCCUCACACUAUACAGGCGAUCCAUUUGCAAGAUGCUAUCCAGUCCCUGAAACUCCAUUACGGGAACCAACAAACCCUUGCCAGCCAUCUCCCUGUGGACCAAAUGCAGUUUGCCAAGUUUCUGGUGACAGUCCAUCUUGUUCAUGUUUGCCCGAUUUUAAAGGAUCACCUCCUAAUUGCCGACCAGAGUGUAUUAGCAACACAGAGUGUGCAAGCCACCUUGCAUGUAUAGGGCAACGCUGUAAAGAUCCAUGUCCAGGUUCAUGUGGAUCUAAUGCAGAAUGCAGAGUUAUUAGCCACACACCUAACUGUGCAUGUCUUCCAGGAUUUUCUGGAGAUCCAUUCAUCCAGUGUUUAUUACAGGAACCACCUGUGCCAGAAGAAAGACCAACACCAUGUAUACCAUCACCAUGUGGCUCAAAUGCGGUUUGUAAAGAGCAGAAUGGAGCUGGCUCUUGUACAUGUCUCCCAGAUUAUGUUGGUAAUCCUUAUGAGGUCUGCCGACCAGAAUGUAUUUUGAAUACUGACUGUCCAUCCAAUAGAGCAUGCAUACGUAACAAAUGUCAGGAUCCAUGUCCAGGAACCUGUGGCCUAAAUGCUGAAUGCCAAGUGGUCAAUCACCUGCCUUCAUGCACUUGCAUUCAAGGGUACUCUGGAGAUCCAUUCAAGUACUGCAGUCCUAUAAUAGAACAUGUUCCAGUUGAAAUUGGUAACCCUUGUGUGCCAUCUCCUUGUGGGCCUAACAGUGCAUGUCGUGAGGUAAAUGGUCAAGCAGUAUGUUCUUGCCUUCCGGAUUACAUGGGCACACCUCCUAAUUGCAGACCUGAGUGCACAGUGAGUGCAGAAUGUCAGCAAAAUAGGGCUUGCAUUAGACAGAAAUGUGCUGACCCAUGCCCUGGUACCUGUGGUCUCAACACUCGCUGUGAAGUCAUUAAUCAUAGUCCAAUUUGCAGCUGUCAAGCUGGGUACACUGGUGAUCCCUUCACACGCUGUUUUGCUGUGCCAGCUCCUCCUCCAGCAGAGGUGCUUCGACCAGUUAACCCAUGCUCUCCAUCACCCUGUGGUCCCAAUGCUCAGUGCAUAAAUGCAGGUGGUACAGCUUCAUGUGCCUGUCUGGCAAACUUCAUUGGAAUGCCACCAAACUGCAGACCUGAGUGUAGUAUAAAUGCUGAAUGUCCCAGCAAUAUGGCGUGCAUCAGGGAGAAAUGUAUGGAUCCAUGCCCAGGAUCAUGUGGUGCUAGUGCUUUGUGCACUGUUGUUAAUCACACCCCUGUUUGUACCUGCCCAGAAGGUUACACAGGAGAUCCAUUUACUAGAUGCUAUCCCAAGCCACCUCCAAGUCCUGAACCGAUUCCAAAGGAGCCCUGCUCUCCAUCACCUUGUGGACCAAAUUCUGUAUGUACAGAUGGCACAUGUACUUGUCUACCAGAUUAUCAAGGUGAUCCAUACCUGGGCUGUCACCCAGAAUGCAUUCUUAAUGCAGACUGUGAUAGAACAAAGGCCUGCAUCAGGAACAAAUGUAAUGAUCCCUGCCCAGGAACAUGUGGACAGGGUGCUCGGUGUGAUGUUGUUAACCACAUACCAAUAUGCAGUUGUCCAGAUGGAAUGUCUGGUAAUGCUUUUAUCCAAUGCAGGCCUAUUCCACCACCACCAGUAAUGCAGCCCUGCAACCCAUCUCCAUGUGGUCCCAAUAGCCAGUGCCGAGAGAUCAAUGGCCAGGCAGUAUGCUCUUGUGUACCAGGAUACAUUGGAAGUCCUCCUGCUUGUAGGCCUGAGUGUAUUGUGAGCUCUGAGUGUGCUCAGAAUGAAGCAUGCAGUAAUCAAAAGUGCAGGAAUCCAUGCCCCGGUACUUGUGGCAUUGGAGCUCGCUGUGAAGUAGUUAAUCACAAUCCAAUUUGCAGCUGCCCAUUAGAGCACACUGGUGAUCCAUUUGUCAGAUGUCUGCCAAUAAUAUCUCUAGCCCCUCCAGAAUCACCUAAUCCAUGUGUUCCAUCACCAUGUGGACAGAAUGCUGUGUGUCAAGUGAUUGGUGAGAGUCCUUCAUGCUCUUGCUUGCCAGAGUUCAAAGGGUCCCCUCCAAACUGUAGACCAGAAUGUGUUAGUAACAGUGAAUGUGCCAGUCAUUUGGCAUGUAUUGGUCAGAAAUGUAGAGACCCGUGUCCAGGAUCCUGUGGAGCCAAUGCUGAAUGUCAUGUUGUCAGUCACACACCAAACUGUGUGUGUGUGUCAGGAUUUUCAGGUGACCCAUUCACACAGUGUUUCAAACAGGAGGCAAUACAGGCAGAGAGGGUAACACCCUGUGUUCCUUCUCCAUGUGGCUCAAAUGCUGUGUGCCGAGAACAAAACAGUGCAGGUUCAUGCACGUGUCUUCCAGACUAUGUUGGCAACCCAUAUGAAGGAUGUCGACCAGAAUGUGUGCUUAAUACUGACUGUUCUCCUAACAGGGCAUGCAUACGAAAUAAAUGCCAGGAUCCUUGUCCUGGCACAUGUGGUACCAAUGCCUACUGUCAAACAGUAAACCACCUUCCCUCUUGUACUUGUGUUGAGCAGUAUACAGGUGACCCAUUCAGACACUGUACUGUCAUAGUAGGUGUGGAAACUCCGCCAAGGGACCCUUGUCAACCGUCACCCUGUGGUCCAAACAGUGUGUGCCGCAUAGCAAACCAGCAGGCUGUGUGCUCUUGUCAAGCAGGCUAUAUGGGUGUACCACCAGGUUGUAGGCCUGAGUGUGUUGUAAGUGCUGAGUGCCCACGUGAUAAAGCCUGUGUCAACAACAAAUGUGUCGAUCCUUGCCCUGGAACAUGUGGCCUCAGUGCACGAUGUGAGGUCAUCAAUCACAGCCCUAUCUGUAGUUGCCAGGCUGGGCACACUGGAGACCCCUUCACCAGAUGCUAUGCUCUCCCUCCUAUUUCAGAACCACCAUCAAGGCCAGUGAACCCUUGUCUUCCAUCACCAUGUGGGCCACACUCAGUGUGCCAAGCUGUGGGUGAUACACCAUCAUGUUCAUGCAUUAUUGGUUACAUGGGAGUGCCACCAGGUUGUCGUCCGGAGUGUGCUAUCAAUGCAGAUUGCACAAGCAGUCUUGCAUGUUUGCGUGAAAAGUGUCGCGAUCCCUGCCCUGGUUCCUGUGGUGCAGGGGCUCUCUGCUCUGUUGUCAACCACACACCAGUGUGUACAUGCCCCGAAGGUUUCACAGGUGAUCCAUUUACCAGCUGUAAUGCUGCUCCAGUUUCAGAACCAGGACCUAAGCCUGUUGAUCCAUGCCACCCCUCUCCCUGUGGACCAAAUGCUGUAUGCAAUGAUGGUAUAUGCAAUUGUCUGCCAGAGUACCAAGGAGAUCCUUAUGUAGGUUGUCGCCCAGAAUGCAUCUUCAGUGAUGACUGUGAUAGGACGAAGGCAUGUAUAAGGAAUAAAUGUGUGGAUCCAUGUCCAGGAACUUGCGGUCAAGAUGCCCAAUGUGAUGUUGUUAAUCACAUUCCAAUAUGCAGUUGCCCAGAGGGCACAUCUGGCAAUGCUUUUAUUCAGUGUAGACCUAUUCCACAGCCACCGGUGACACAACCGUGCAACCCAUCUCCAUGCGGACCUAACAGUCGUUGUCAAGAGAUCAAUGGUCAGGCUGUGUGCUCAUGUGUACCUGGCUACUUGGGAAGCCCUCCAGCAUGCAGACCUGAGUGCAUACUUAGCUCUGACUGUGGCCAGAGCGAAGCGUGCAGUAAUCAAAAAUGCAGGAAUCCCUGCCCAGGUACAUGUGGGAUAGGAGCACGCUGUGAAGUAGUGAAUCAUAAUCCAAUAUGUAGCUGUCCACCUCGCUACACUGGUGAUCCAUUUGUCAGAUGUCAACCAAAAGCAGAGAUCAAACCACAAAUAUCAAAAGAUCUCUGUCAGCCAUCACCAUGUGGACCAUAUUCUCAGUGUCAAGUUGUUGGAGAAAGCCCAACAUGCAGUUGUCUACCUGAAUACAAAGGAACUCCUCCAAACUGUAGACCUGAAUGUGUUAGUAACGGUGAAUGUGCAAGUAAUUUAGCAUGUAUAGGUCAGAAAUGCAAAGAUCCGUGCCCGGGAUCUUGUGGAACAAAUGCUGAAUGCCGAGUUGUCAGUCACACACCAAACUGUGCUUGUCUUCCAGGAUAUUCAGGAGAUCCUUUCCAACACUGCGUUAUUCCUGAGGUUUCAGUUCCUAGACCAGCUGACAUGACAAGCCCCUGCAUACCAUCGCCAUGUGGUGCAAAUGCUAUAUGCAGGGAACAGAAUGGUGCUGGUUCCUGUUCUUGUCUGCCAGACUAUGUUGGCAACCCAUACGAAGGCUGCCGGCCAGAAUGUAUACUGAACACUGAUUGUACUGCAACAAAGGCUUGCAUCAGAAAUAAGUGCCAAGAUCCAUGUCCUGGAACAUGUGGCCAGAAUGCUCAGUGCCAAGUUAUUAAUCACAUACCAUCUUGUUAUUGCUUGCCAAAGUUUACUGGAGAUCCAUUUAGAUACUGCAGCAUUUCUCAAGAACCAACAGUAACUGAGCAUGUAAACCCAUGUUCUCCGAGUCCGUGUGGUCCUUAUAGCACAUGUCGCGUUGCUAAUGAGCAGGCAGUAUGCUCAUGUCAACCUGGCUUCAUUGGAUCACCACCUGGAUGUCGCCCAGAGUGUACUGUCAGUGCAGAGUGUGCACAGAACAGAGCAUGUAACAAUCUCAAGUGUAUUGAUCCUUGUCCAGGAACUUGUGGGCUCAACUCUCGGUGUGAAGUUAUUAACCACAGCCCAAUAUGUUCAUGCAAUGUUGGUUAUACUGGCGAUCCAUUCACGAGAUGCUAUUCAAUACCAACUCUGCCAUCUGAACCUACUUCCCCUCCUUUGCACAUUGAUCCAUGUCUCCCAUCACCUUGUGGCCCAUAUUCACAAUGUCGGGACAUUGGAGGAGUUCCAUCUUGUUCCUGCAUCAGAGAUUACUUUGGUACACCACCAAAUUGUCGACCAGAAUGCUCUGUCAACACAGACUGUCCACAUAAUCGUGCCUGUCUACGGGAGAAAUGCCGAGAUCCUUGUCCAGGUUCUUGUGGUGUCAGUGCUGAUUGUGCUGUUAUCAACCACACACCUGUCUGCAGUUGUUUGCCAGGCUACACAGGGGAUCCAUUCUUUCAGUGCUACCCAAAACCAACAGCAGUACCUGCACCCGUACCAUCAGAUGCUUGUAAACCUUCUCCUUGUGGCUCCAAUGCUCAGUGCCAUGAAGGUGUUUGUACUUGCCUGCCUGAAUACCAAGGUGACCCAUAUGCAGGGUGUCGUCCAGAGUGUGUCCUCAGCACUGACUGUGAAAGGAAACAGGCUUGCAUUAGGAAUAAGUGUACUGACCCUUGCCCAGGAACCUGUGGACAAAAUGCUCAAUGUGAAGUCAUAAAUCAUGUGCCUACAUGCAGUUGCCCUGAGGGGCUCUCAGGCAAUCCAUUUGUUUACUGCCGCCAAGUAGAAGCUCCUAUAGAAAGGCAACCAUGCAGUCCAUCACCUUGUGGUCCUAAUGCAGUCUGCCGGGAAAUCAAUGGACAGGCUGUCUGUUCAUGUGUGCUCGGUUUUCUGGGUGUACCACCAUCAUGUCAUCCAGAGUGCACUGUCAGCUCAGACUGUGCAUUAACAAAGGCUUGCCUCAAUCAACACUGUAUAGAUCCUUGUCCUGGUACAUGUGGUAUCAAUGCCCAUUGCCAUGUUGUCAACCACAACCCAAUCUGCUCUUGCGCUGCAGGCUAUUCUGGAGAUCCCUUCACCAGGUGCUCCUCAAUAAUUAUUUCAACACCACCACAGCCAAAACCAAUUACACCAUGUCAGCCUUCACCAUGUGGGCCUAAUUCAGUCUGCCAGGUAUCAGUCGAUGGUUUAAGUCCAUUGUGUUCUUGUUUGGAUGGUUAUAUUGGCACCCCACCACUGUGUCGUCCCGAAUGUUUAUCCAACGGUGACUGCAGUCCACAGCAAGCUUGUAUUGGUCAACGAUGUAGGGAUCCUUGCCCUGGAUCAUGUGGAGUUAGUGCUGAAUGCCAUGUUAUCCUUCAUGUGCCAAGCUGCUCAUGUCCACCACCACUCACAGGCGAUCCUUUUACAUUUUGUACCAGCCCACCAGAGAUAAGUCCAACACAAGGAGCUCCAACUGACCCCUGCAACCCUUCACCUUGCGGGCCAAAUUCUAACUGCCGUGUUGAAGCAAAUGGUUUCUCAUCCUGUGAAUGCUUGCCAGACUUCUAUGGUAACCCAUAUGAUGGGUGCCGACCUGAGUGUCUAGUCAGUUCGGACUGCUCUAUGGAUCGUGCUUGUAUACAGAACCACUGUCAGGAUCCUUGUCCUGGAACUUGUGGUGUAGGUGCCAUCUGCUCUGUUACAAAUCACAUUCCUAUUUGUUCUUGUCCUGAGGGAACAACAGGAGAUGCCUUCCAUCUUUGUCAGCCUGUAAUAUUGCCGGUGCCAGGUUCAAGUUACCCAUGUGUACCUUCACCCUGUGGGCCAAAUGCACUUUGCCGAGCAGGUGAUUCUGGUGCUGCCUUGUGUGAAUGCUUACCAGGUUAUCAGGGUAUACCAGAUGGAAGUGGAUGCAGGCCUGAGUGUGUCCUCAGUGCUGACUGUCCACGUGACAAGGCGUGUGUGAGUGGCAAGUGCCGGGACCCAUGUCCAGGUGCCUGUGGUUAUGGUGCCAACUGCAAUGUUAUAAACCACAGCCCCAUCUGCUCUUGCCCAUCUGGUACAGGAGGAAAUCCAUUUGUACAAUGUACAGAGCAACCACCUGUUCCAAGCGAUCCCUGUGAGUCCUCACCAUGUGGACCGAAUGGACAGUGCCGUGUUGUGAAAGGUGCUGCUGUUUGCACAUAUCCAGAAUGUGUAAUCAAUCAAGACUGUGUUCGUGACAGGGCUUGUUUUGCUCAACGUUGUCGAGAUCCUUGCAGUGAGGGAACUGUCUGUGGUCUCAACGCACUAUGUCAAACUGUCAGCCAUGUCCCUGUGUGUUCCUGUCCAGCAGGUUACACAGGAGAACCUAGGCUGGAGUGCCACCCAGUGCCUGUCACUCCUCCAGCUCCACGCCCUGAAUGUACUCAAAACAAUGACUGUACAAAUGACAAGACCUGUAUAAAUGAUUUUUGCCGUGAUCCUUGUCUGGAGAAUACAGGAAUUUGUGGACCUAAUGCACAAUGUCAUGUUCAGUUGCAUAGGCCAAUAUGCACCUGUAAGGACGGAUUUACUGGAAAUGCCAAUGGCCAUUGUUAUCAGAUUGGUUGUCGCUCAGAUGGAGAAUGCCCACCCACAGAGGCAUGUGUGAACGGCAACUGUGUGUCUCCAUGUUCCUACACACGUUGUGGUAUCGAUGCUCUUUGUGAGACUGAUGGCUGGCAUCAUGCACGUUGCCGCUGUCCUGAAAGUUGGACUGGAGAUCCACACACACUGUGCAGAAAGCCAGAAUGUUCAUCUGAUGCUGACUGUACAUACAACCUAGCUUGCCUUGGCAAUCGAUGUGAAAAUCCUUGUCCUGGUGCAUGUGGUCAGAAUGCUAUCUGCACUGUUACUAACCAUUUGGCAACAUGUCACUGUCCACCAGGCUACACUGGAAAUCCUGGGUCACAAUGCACUCUUGAAAUUAUGGAGCCAAAACAGUGUCGAGCUGAUGCUGACUGUGCAAGCAAAUUAGCUUGCUUUAGUGGAAACUGUCGAAACCCAUGUGUUGAAACAAAACCAUGUGGUCCAAAUGCUGAAUGCACGGUUGUAGACACUCUUCCUCUCAGGACCAUGGCCUGCCGCUGUCCACAGGGGUAUGUAGGGGAUGCAGACAUCGAAUGCAAACCAGCUCCUGAUGAAAAAGAAGGUUGUCAGUCUGAUGCAGACUGUACAUUAUCUGAGAUUUGUGUGAACAGACGUUGUUCCAAUGCAUGUACAUUGAAUCCAAGUUUGUGUGCACCAAAUGCACUGUGCCAAGCAACAAACCAUCAAGCAACAUGUGUCUGCCCUGGUACCCUAGUCGGUGACCCAUAUAGUAACUGCUAUUCAGCACACCUCAAUGAAUCAGAAUGCAGAACAGAUAUGGAUUGUUCAGACAAACACUCUUGUAUUUCUGCACACUGUCUUGACCCCUGCACUGUCAGUUCUCGAUGUGGUGUGGGAGCUUUGUGUCAUUCAAGUUACCAUCGUGCUAUCUGCAGUUGUCCAGAUGGCUGGGCUGGAAAUCCAGAAAGAUUUUGCUACAGACCUGAAUGCACAAAUGAUGCAGAUUGCCCAUACAACAAGGCAUGUGAAUCAGGAAGUUGUUUGGAUCCUUGCGAACAUGCUGGUUGUGGACGCGGAGCUGAAUGUAUCACAGAGGCACACAGACCUCGUUGUCAGUGUCCUCCUGGUUCCCAGGGAGAUCCAUAUCGCACUUGUGUCACUGGUGUAUGUCAGUACAAUGAAGAUUGUGCUGGACAUGAAGCCUGCGAUCGACUGAAUCGUAUUUGUCGCCCUGUCUGUGAAGAAGACACUUGUGCAUCUGGUGCUGUGUGUAUUGGGAAAGAUCAUCAGCCUACGUGUGCUUGUCCUCAUGGCACAAAUGGAAAUCCAUAUGUUGAAUGUAGCUCUGCAAGAGUACCAACUGUUCCAGCUGAAUGUGAGGCUGAUCAUAACUGUCCAUCACAGCAAGCAUGUCUAAAUGCUGUAUGUCAAGAUCCAUGUGUGGCUGUAUCAUCAGUGUGUCCAGCUAAUCAACAAUGUCAUGUUCUUGAUACAUUACCUCUGCGAACAGUGACAUGUCACUGUCCUCAUGAUGCAGUUGCUGAUACUUCAGGGUAUUGUAUACCUGUUGUUCCAGGAGAACCACAAUGUGUGACAGAUUCAGAAUGUGGUAAUACUGAAAAGUGUGUACGGGGUAAAUGUGUGGAAGCUUGCCGCACUGACUUCUGUGGCAUAAAUGCUAUCUGUCAGUCUGAUGACCAUAGAGCUGUUUGUCGUUGUCCUCCUGGAUACACAGGAAAUCCACGGGUUGAUUGUGUCAUUCUUCCAACACCACCACCGCCACCUCCAGAGUGCAUAAUGGAUGAAGACUGUUCAGCAGAUCAUGCUUGUCAGUUGGGUAGAUGUGUUAACCCAUGUUCUGCAAUAAGUCCAACGCCAUGUGCAGCUACAGCUUUUUGUCAUGUGGAAGACCAUAUACCUGUGUGUCGCUGCCCUAGUGGAUAUGAAGGAAACCCUCACCAAGAGUGUCAUCCAGUAUCUGGACCACCUCUUGGAUGCACAGCAAAUUCUGAUUGUUCACAACAAGAAUCAUGUGUUAAUCAACUGUGUGUGAGUCCAUGCCAUUGUGGACCUAAUUCUGAGUGCCGAGUCAGCAAUCAUUUCCCCACUUGCUACUGUAAACCUGGAUUUUCUGGAAAUCCUCUAAUUGGUUGCAUUAAAGUUCAGUGCCAAUCAGAUGAUGACUGUUCCACUGACACACAAUGUUACAAUGGUGAAUGUGUGAACCCAUGCAUACUGGGAGCAGUAUGUGCUGUCAAUGCCGAGUGCUACGGAACAGAUCACCGUGCAGCAUGCCGCUGUCCUGUGGGAUAUGUUGGUGACCCGUUGUUGCACUGUGAAAGAGCCGAAUGUCGUGUUGAUGGUGACUGUCCUUCUACUAGAGCUUGUGUGCAACGCCACUGUGUCGAUCCUUGUGCUGUGGCCUCAUUAUGUGCAUCAAAUGCAAUAUGUGUGGUGCGCAACCAUGCAGCUGCAUGUCGCUGCCCGGAAGAUGUACCACUUGGUGAUCCAACGUCGUUCUGUGAGAAAAGGCCACCUGCAAAAGAACAAGAACCUGAAUGCAAGCUAGAUGUUGACUGCCCUAGCAGACAAGCUUGUCUAAAAUCACAUUGUGUCGACCCAUGUACUGAACUGAAACCAUGUGCAACAACAGCAAGAUGCUCAGUUCUCAACACGGUACCUGUAAGAACUAUGGUGUGCACUUGUCCUGAAGGCUGGGUUCCUGGCAGCGAUGGGGAAUGUCGGCCUGUUGUGGUGCCUGUACCUCCUGGAUGCACAUCUGAUGAGAAUUGUGCAACAAAUGAAACAUGUAUUAAUCGAAUAUGCAGAAAUCCUUGUGACUGUGGUACAAAUGCCAACUGUUUUGUCCAAAACCAUCGUCCAAUUUGCUCAUGCCGAGAUGGAUAUGAUGGGAAUCCAAACAUUGGUUGUUAUGCUGUGGGAUGCCGCACAAACUCUGAAUGUGAUUCUGGGAAAGCUUGUGUGAACAGUGUGUGUGUAGAUCCAUGUACAGUAUCCAACCCAUGUGGACAACAUGCAGAGUGCUACACAUUUGCUAACCGCGCUGAGUGUCGUUGCAUCAGUGGUUUUAUGGGAGACCCUCAUGAGGGCUGCCAUGCCAUUGGCUGCCGUGUGGACUCUGAUUGUCCUUACGACCGUGCCUGCCUAUCAGGUCGUUGUGCAGAUCCAUGUGCACAUGGCUACCCAGCACCUUGUGGACAAGGUGCACUCUGCAAGCCAACUCUUCACCGUGCUGUUUGCCGUUGUCCACCAGCAUUACUUGCUGGCAAUCCAUAUAUUGCUUGUCGACCCAAGAUUCGUGCUGAAUGCAAUGGUGAUCCAGACUGCCCACCAAGACUUGCAUGCCUUGAUGGCCACUGCCGUAACCCUUGUUUUGAACUGCAGCCAUGUUCCAAGCCUGCAUCCUGCCAAGUAUUUAGCUCUGUGCCAGUAAGAACAAUGUUCUGUACUUGCCCUCCUGGUUAUGUGAGUUCAGGCAGUGGUGUGUGUCGUCCGACUCCCUCUGUCGUAGCUAUUGGUGGAUGUUCAUUUGACAGAGACUGCCCUGAUGACAAGACAUGUAUACAAGGAAUUUGCAAAAAUCCCUGCACAUGUGGUGCUAAUUCCGAUUGUCACGUGAAAGAUCACAGGCCCACAUGCACCUGUAAAGCAGGAUUUGACGGCAAUGCAGAUGUAGAAUGUGUAAGAGUGAGCUGCCGUACUGAUGGUGACUGUUCACCUCAGCAUCAAUGUGUGCAACGGAUAUGUGUACCAGCUUGUGCAUCUGAUGGAAGUUCAUGUGGUAAAGACGCAUUAUGUUAUGGUGCUCAACACCGUGCUAUUUGCGAGUGCCCUCCUGGACUGCUGGGAAAUCCACAAAAGGCUUGUGUAGCAGUGGGAUGUCGAGCAAAUUCUGACUGCCCAGCAGAGCACAACUGUAUCUCUGGAACUUGUGCUAAUCCUUGCAGCUCCUCACCAUGUGCUCCACCAGCUGAAUGUAAAGUUUACAAACAUGAAGCGCAGUGUAUCUGUCCACCAGGCUACAUAGGAGAUGGAUAUAUUACAGGAACAUUGUGCACAAAACAAAAUGUGACAUGCCAAGCUGACAGUGAUUGUUCAUCAAAGAUGGCAUGCAUUAAUGACAGCUGUGUUAACCCAUGUUCAGUUACUCAGCCAUGUGGUGAUAAUGCAAACUGUCAAGUGCUUGAUACAGUGCCUGUACGUACAAUGAUAUGUGAAUGUCCUCCUGGUUAUCAGGGCAAUGCUGCUGAGAAAUGCGAAAAAGCUCGAACAUGUCCAGUUGGGAAGGGUCAAGUUCUGGAUGAAAAGGGCAACUGUGUUUGUCCACCUGGUUAUGGCUUAGAUGACAGUGACACAUGUAUUCGUUGUGUUGCACAACAAGGAUUCAAAAUUGAUGAAAAGGGUCAAUGUGUUUGUGCACUGGAAAAAGGUAUGAUCAUAGAUGAACGUGGUCGUUGUGUCUGUCCAGUCCAAGUGGGUUAUCACUUGGAUGAGAAGGGAUAUUGUGUAAAAGACAAAUCUCCAAAAUGUAAUGAUGAUGAUGAUUGUGCCGAUGAGAUGUACUGUAAUCAGGAAACCAAGACUUGUGAGAAUCCAUGUCGAACUAAACAGUGUGGAGUGGAUGCAUACUGCAGUGCAAGUAACCACCAGGCAGUAUGUGUGUGCCAUCCUGGAUGGUCUGGAAACCCUGAAAUUGCUUGCAAUGAUUCACGUGUACCAAGAACAGAGUUCCCCAAGCCUGAGAUCACUGUGAACUGCAAGUCAGAUGGGGUUGAAGUUGAAUUUAGCUUGCCUGACCAGACAUUUAAUGGUAUUCUCUAUGUGAAAGGCCAUAGCAAAGAUGAUCGUUGCAGCAGAUUGAUUACCCCAUCUUCUGGUUCUGCACCUCAGUCAUUACUUUUUAAAGUAAACUUUGGCACAUGUGGUCUUAUUCAUUUCAAUAGAGAAGCAAGUUUCCUCCUUGUGCUACAGAAACACCCUAAACUUGUAACGUCUACAGCACAAGCAUAUCAUAUUGUUUGCAAGUAUCAAACUGGUGAGCAGAAUGUAACAGUAGGAUUUAAUGUAUCAAUGCUCACAACAGCUGGCACUAUAGCAAACACAGGGCCACCACCUGUGUGUACAAUGAAGAUAAUUACCAAUGCUGGACAAGAAAUUAGGUCAGCUGAAAUAGGUGAAAACUUGCAGCUUCACGUGGAGGUGACACCAUCCAAUAUAUAUGGUGGUUUUGCACGAAGCUGUAUCGCAAAAACUGUUGAAAACAAUGUAGAAAAUGAAUAUAUGGUUACUGAUGAAAAUGGCUGUGCCACAGAUCCAACGAUAUUUGGAGAAUGGAAAUACAAUGCUGAAACAAAGUCUCUAGUGGCUAGUUUCAAUGCAUUCAAAUUUCCUAGCAGUGACAACAUCAAAUUUCAGUGCAACAUCAGAGUUUGCUUUGGAAAAUGUCAGCCGGUAAAUUGUAGAGACACUAAUGCAUUUGGCCGACGGAAACGAGAAAUUGAAGCACCAGAGAAUGACACUAAUGUAGCUAUUGCGGAGUCAAUGUAUGAAGGGCAGCUCAGAGAAGAGAUAACAAUACAGUCCAAUGCAAUACUGACAUUCGAACGAAGGGAGGAAAGAUACACAGCCUCAACUGAUGCACCAGAGACACAGAAACCUGAAGACAUAUGUGUAUCAAUGGUUGGAUUCAUAAUUGCUCUUGUGAUAACUGCUCUCCUUGCAUUAGUAGCUGUGGCAGUAGCAGUAUCGUGUUGGCUUGUAGCUUACCGUCGAAGACCAAAGCUGGCUGGGCCAUUGCCUCAUCCUCCUGAAUUCCCAAAUCCACUUUUUACAACACCAGAACCAGUUGCCGAACCCUCGCCUGAUUAUCUUACGUGAUUUGUGAUAUUUUACUCAAGUAAAACAUGUGGGACCUGAAUCAAUCACUCUGGUGCUCAGUUUGUGACUGACAUAAAGAAACUAGUUCCUCCUUCAUACAAUGGUUAGCUUCAAUUAUUAAUGGACUAUUUUCAGAAUGUAUAGUAUGUAUCUUGUGUUGCUAAGGAGGAAAAGUGAAAAUGCAAUUGAGAUCAUAUUGCAGUCAUAAUCUAAAGAUCUAAAAUGCAUUUUCCACAAUGUAGUCACCUCCUCCAAUGGCUUUGUGUAAAUGACACGAAAUAGGGUUUGUUCCACAUAGCAGUGGUGGUGGUUUAUUUUAUAGUAGUUCAUACUGAAAAUCUUGGUAUUGCAAGACUUAAAACAUACUGUCAGACUUAAACUUGUUAUGAUUUUGGUCAUUAAUGUAGGAUUGCCUCCACUUUCAUGCUAUUGGUUUUAUUAUUUUACAUCUUGUACCCCUAAGCUAGAUUUCUUUGCUGCAUUGUGAGCUUGACUGAAUUAGCCAUUGGAGGAUUUGAGUAGUUACAAUGAUAUAAAUAAUAAAUGUGAAUAAUGUUGAUAUGUAUUUUGUGUGUUAUGUUGUUGUUUGUGUCAGAUACUUUUCUGUUACUUGUGCUAAUAUUCUACAAUUCCAUGUCACAAUUUAUCAUUAACUCAUCAUAAAAAACAGUAUGGUAAACCUGCCUGCCAGUUUUGCAAUCAUCAUUACACACCUUCACAAAUAAAGAAGUAUGAUGUUUUGAAUAUCAAAUAAUUUUCCAAAUAAUAUUUAUUAAUUUAUCUGCUGUAACUUGAAGAAAAGAUUUGGACCUCUCUAAAGCCAUGAAUAACAAGUCUUCCAUUUGCAAUUAGAUUGCAGCAGAACUGACAAUUUAGCCUACACUCUAUUUUCAUCACAUCUUCAUUUAAAUAUUUAUUAAAUGUUUGUCCCAUAAAAGACUGCCAUUUUGCUACAGUAGCUGUAGAUAUGCAUGAGUUGGUCACAUUUGCCUCAUGUAUUGUACAGAAGAAUUCUCAUCCUAUGCUGUGCAUACCACCUUGUCUGAAAAUAAAUUUCUGUAUAUAAUGCCAAAAUUGCAGAAUUUUCAGUGGUUUCAUUUGUGUUACAUCAGCAAGCUGCUGUUUAUUCUGUAAGAACAAAGUUUCUAACAUAGGCACAUUCUGCAGUGUAAUUUAUGUGUUUCUACCAGAUUGUACUAAUGUGCUUCUGUUAGUUAUUUUGAAGGGAUACUGUUUUUUUCCUUUUGAAUAUUAGGAAUCUCUUCAUUCAAAAUUUUUUUCGGUGAAGGGUAAAGGUGGUAUGCUGUGCCAUUUAUGAUAAUUGUAUUAAUCAAAUUAAGCAGUUGCUUUAAUUUAACUUCUGAAAUACUCUUUGUUUCCAGAGGCCUGAAAUAAUUCUUAACAGUGAGUGAGUCUUGUAAUUGUGAUAAAUGUCUAAUAAAGAUGUUGUUAUAAUUAAA